UGGUUGAGGGCAGCACCCAUGCACAAAAAAGGGUGUAGCAAAAUGUUGGUGCGAAACCAAGAGGCCAGCCAGGAGGGAGACAGAAGGAGACAGGAAGGUGCAGGAAAGAGGAGGGGUCCUGUUCCAUUGGGCGCAUUGGGGUCCCUCUCCCCAGCACCAGCUCUUAGGUGGUCUCCGGAUGAGAGGAUCUGGGACUCAGGGAGAUCCCAAAGUCCAAGCUUCCACACAGCGAAUGCCUGGUCAUCGGAUGAUUGGAAAGGCACUCUGGACAUGCUCAGUGCUUGUUCCAGAUCAAAUUUCAUGAGUCUGCUUUCUAUAAAGUCUAUAAAUAUCUGAAUUAAUCAAUCAAUUCACUGUUUGGUUCAAGGAAAUGUAGGCCACAAUUUUAUGCAACCUAUCUUCAAAGGUAUAGAUUUAUUGGGACACCUGUCUUCAGCUAAUUCCGUCCCUGAAUGUUUAUUGAGCAGAAGAUCUUCCAAAGAGAACGGGGCAAAAUAAUUUGAAAGAGAUUUAUAGACCCAGUGCCAUUCUGGGUAUUUGGCCUACCUGGAACAGCACUCCGUUCCACUUUCACUACAUGUGCAUCCCAUGCACUGCGCUGUAUUCCACUUAGAGCCGAAUGGAUGCUUGCUGCCAUCAUAUGGAUCGGUACACUCAGUGGGCGGCACCGGUUUACCUAGGGAGAGAAAUUUAACAUUAGCCCCCAAACAGCUCAUGCAGUAAGAAGCUGCUGCUCAGCACAAAGCACAGUGACUUAUACAGCGGCCAUGCAGUCUCCUGCUUGUGUCUGCAGACGGUGGUUCCAAGCUUAAAACAUGGUGGGAGUGAAUGGGGUGCCCUGUGGAUGGGGAAUCUGGCCGUUUCAAUUUCUAACAGUUAAUAUUAUUACUAUUUAUAUACCAUCCUCAGGGCAGUUCACAACCUAAAAAUACAAUAUAAGAAACACAAAAUACACAAUAAAAGUAAGAGCUUAAGCAGGGACUCAUCAAUGAGAAGAUGAGACGGGAGCAGUGACAGGUCAUUUUAGACUCUGAGCAGCAUCACAACAUCCAGAGAAGUGUAGAUUUUGAAGGUAGCUGCAUUUUGGUCUGUGUUCUGGUUCUGCAAGAGCAGAUUUGGUAGGUUUAUGUUAAAAUAUGAAUGGGGUGCAUUUCCCCCCUCAUCUCUAGUCAGGAACACAUUUUUCAAACAUUAAAUAAUUAUUUGGCCAUGAAUAGGUUACAUAUUAACAUUACGUUGCUGUUUACUUACCAUCUUUAAUCUCUGCUUUGUGCUCGCUGAACAUGCAGAAUCCCUGACACAAGGCAAGUGUCAAAGACAAGGCAGUCAGGCUCAAGAGAAUUUUCUGCAAAACAGACACACACAUGCACAAAUCAUUCAAGAUGGUGCUAUCAUAUAUUUAUAUCUAGAACCUCUCGUUCUGUUAAAAAUGGAUUCUAUGUGCCUAAAUUGUACUCAGAGCAGACCCACUGAAAUUAAUGUGCGUAAGUUAGUCUUGUCCAUCAAUUUCAAUGGAUCUACUCUGGGUAUGAUUCGCACUGGAUUCAACCCUAGGCCUUUGAAAAAAUCCCUCUAUAUUAAGCUUCUACACUUGAGUAGCUGAGUUGGGUCAUUUUAUACUUAAGAGGGAUUUUUAAGAGGGACCGUUCCAGAAUUACAAAAGCAAUCCCGGCUUUGGAUUUGAUCCCCAAAUGUGAGCUCUAAAGCUAUAGAGCAGGGUCAGCAACCUUUUUCAGCCGUGGGUCAGCCCACCGUCCCUCAGAGCAUGUGGUGGGCUGGACUAUAUUUUGGGGGGAAAUAUGAACAAAUUACUAUGCCCUACAAAUAACCCAGAGAUGCAUUUUAAAUAAAAGGAAACAUUCUACUCAUGUAAAAACUCCUGGACUGUACGUGGGCCGGAUUGAGAAGGCGAUUGGGCCGCAUCCAGUCUUAGGUUGCCUACCCCUGCUGCAAAGCACAGACUGUGCCUGGAAAGAGCAGAGGAAAAGUAAGGGUGGAUAAGCCUUCAGAUAAGCCUGGAGUCUGAGAAAGCCUCAGCAAGUGAGGUACACAAUCCUCAUAAUUCUGAAUGCCUUUGCACACCCCCUCUCCACACACAAAUCUCCCUUUCCACCAUUUAAACCUAAUCUAGAUUAAAGAAAAAGUUGUGUGCCAACCAUCCCCAAAGCAUUCCACUUACCAUCUUGGUUUUUCAAUGAUUUGCUGGCAAACUCUUACUGGGGCGUGGAGGAAAGAGCUCUGGUGUCCCUCAUGUAAGUCUGUAGAGAAUCCCAUACCCCCUUUAUACAAAUGGGAAGGAGGAGGGGCAAAAUGAGAGGGAUGGAGGUCUUAACUGGCCGAAGAAAAUAUUUGCUUCUGCUGACAUACAUGUUUCCAAUAACAGCUGGGAGAGGAGAUAUUCAUUGAUAAGUGCAGUUCAGAACCAGAACCGGGAACAGGAAAAUCAGGUUAAACGUUAUUAGACCAGGAUAGUGUUGAGUUCUGCAAGAGAUAUGGCUCUAGAUAUUUGUCUUUACAGCCUCACCUCAACAAGGAUACUGUCAAAAAAGGCCAGCAAACUGGCCAAGAAAAUGCUUGCCAGGAAGAAAACAUUGCAAGCAAAAUGAACAGGGGGUGGAGCAACUCGCCCAAGGAAAGAUUGCAGCAUUUGGGAUUUCUUACCCUAGAGAAAAGGCAAGUAAGAGGUGACAUGAUGCAGGCACAUGAAAUUAGGAGAGGGCUUUCAUCCACUACCAGUCACUGUUCUGCCUCUGCAGUCAGUCAUCUGCCAAAGUUGUGACAUUUGCUCUGAGACAAACAAAAGCCCAUUUAUCUGCAGGAAAAAUUCCUCCCUGGCUGUGAGAAAUUAUAUAAGUUGUCUUUUCAGAUUGCUUUCGCAAAAUAAAACAUGAGUUUUUAAAUUAAUUAUGAAGGUCACAAGGCUAAAUGACUAAAGCAGUUAGGGCAUAGGUUGCUAUUGGUAUUUCAAAAUAGCUGUGGCUAAACAUUCUAUAGGGUGAUGUUUCUUUAGAAAUCACGAGGUUAGGGACUUUUUAGUAAGAAAAACAAGUUGUUGCAUGUUUCUGAAGAAAUUGGGUAUCUUUAGCAACCUUAUGGCCAGGGGGUUCUAGCAAGAAAAGAAGAUCUUGCCAUGCUUCAGUCAUAAGGCAUCUUUAGCAACCUUGCGGUCAGGGGCUUUUUAGCAAGAAGGGAGAGGCACCAAGGGCCACGCAGGGAGGGAAACAUGGCCCCCCAGGACCAGACUACGGCUGCACUGAGGCAGAAAACGCCACUUCCCUGGAGCCCCAGUUAAGUGAAUUCCUCAGCAAUAUUUUGGGAGAUAUAUAUGCAAUUUCCACUAAUAUAUUCAUUUUUAUGCACAUUUUUACCCACUUCAUGUAUUUUGGUAAACAAUGGUUAGUUGGUGAACUGCAUCACAAAAUUUGGAUAACUGAAUUUCCAGAGAUGCCUCUGUUUUGGUUCUCAUAUUAUUUUGAAAAGUGCAAAUUUGAUAAAUUUGCCUUUCAGUAUGAACUUAAGUGAACCCCCCCCCCCCAAUUCCUAAUCAAGACCGGUUUCUUCUAAUGUGCAGCCAAGCACAUUUCGCGCAGUGUGUGUGUUUGAAAUGUUGUGUGGAAUGAAACACAUUUCUACACAGCUGGGCCUGGUGCACACCCAGCCCGAGAUUCCCCAAGCAAAUCUGCCUCAGGCAAACCCAGGUAUGAUUUCCAAAACCUUCGUUUCCCCGGGAUCCAGCAAAGCAUUUCCAAGAUAGAUGAAGGCUGUGGAAGAAAAACACCUUGGCGACUUUAGAUCAAGCUUGGCCUGCAUGUUCAGCUCCUUCUUAGAUACGGUGAUUCUGCAGGUGCUGAUGGAUGCAAAGGGGAGUUAGGUUAAAAAACAUGGGAAUAGAAGUACAUUAAAAUCCAAGGCCCCUCCAAGGCAUGUUUCUAAGCUUUCAACACACAUCCCUGUCCUUUCACAUACGGGAAUCUAAAUAAAUCAGUUAUUUGUGUGUGUCUCUUAUCUUUUAUUGAGUAUUUAUUACCGUGGAUAAAAACAAGUGUAUUCCACUGUGACCCAAAAACUACCCCCAUUCUCCCAAGAAAACGCAGGCAAGGCACCUCAGGCCCACAAGUCACUUGGGUCAGCUGAGAUUAAGGCCACAUGAGCAGCAUCCAUUGAAAGCACUCGGAGGUCCCUUUCACAGUCAUGGUGUCCCCCUAAUCAUCUUGGGAAGGAUGUGAAGGGUGCUGAGAGGUGUCCUAGUCCCUUCUCCAGACUUGCCUGGGAAGAGGCAUUGAUUGUUAAACUACUCUGGAAGUGUAGCUCGCUGAGAGGAUGUUAUGUACUGAGUUGAAUAGGAUCUAAACUGCAGCAGUCUGAUUUUUUUUAAAAUGAUAUUUAUUAAAAUUUCAAAGAAUACAAGAAUUACACAAAAUCAAAAAAUAAAAAUACAAGAAAAUACAAAAUACAGCAAGAAGAAUAAAAAAACCCUUAUUAAGGUAUAACAAAGAAAUGAAAAAUAAAAAGAAACAUACAAAAUAAAAACAGUUAAAAACACAUUAAUUUUCCAUAGCAUAUCUUCCUUACACUUAUUUCCCGGACCUCCUCGUACCUCCCUUUUUGUAUUCCAGUUCAGUUUGUUAGUUCAGCAAAUCCUUACCAUUAAGCUUUUACCCACUUGUAAACCUUUUUCGUAUCUCUUAAAGCAUUACAGCUGGAAACCACUUAGUUUCUAUCCAACAUCCUUCUAAGAUUCAUUAAUUUUACAAUAUUUCUGUAAAUAGUCUUUAAAUUUCUUCCAGUCUUCUUUCACCGACUCUUCUCCCUGGUCUCGGAUUCUGCCAGUCAUUUCUGCCAAUUCCAUGUAGUCAAUCACCUUCAUCUGCCAUUCUUCCAGAGUGGGUAGAUCUUGUGUCUUCCAAUACUUUGCAAUGAGUAUUCUUGCUGCUGUUGUAGCAUACAUAAAAAAAGUUCUGUCCUUCUUUGGCACCAAUUGGCCGACCAUGCCCAAAAGAAAGGCCUCUGGUUUCUUCAGGAAGGUAUACCUUUUUCAAUACCUUUUAAAUACCUUUUUCAAUUCAUUAUAUAUCAUUUCCCAGAAAGCCUUAAUCUUUGGGCACGUCCACCAAACGUGAAAGAAUGUACCUUCAGUUUCUUUACAUUUUUCAUAAAAAGGUAAAGGUACCCCUGCCCGUAUGGGCCAGUCAUGUCCGACUCUAGGGUUGCGCGCUCAUCUCGCUCAAGAGGCCGGGAGCCAGCGCUGUCCGGAGACACUUCCGGAUCACGUGGCCAGCGUGACUAAGCGGCAUCUGGCGAGCCAGCACCAGCGCCGCACACGGAAACGCCGUUUACCUUCCCACCAGAGCGGUACCUAUUUAUCUACUUGCACUUUAACGUGCUUUCGAACUGCUAGGUGGGCAGGAGCUGGGACAGAAUGACGGGAGCUCACCCCGCCGCGGGGAUUUGAACCGCCGAUCUUGUGAUCAGCAAGUCCUAGGCACUGAUGUUUUACCCACAGCGCCACCCGCGUCCCUGAUUUUUCAUAGUUAUCUUUAAAUAAGUUCCCAUUUUUUGCUGUCAUGUUAAUCCCCAGGUAUUUAACUUUCUUAACCACUGUUAAACCUGUCUCAUUCUGAAACCUCUCUCUUUCAAUCAGUGUUAAAUUUUUCUCUAAAACCUUAGUUUUUGACUUGUUCAAUUUAAAUCCUGCCACUUGACCAAAUUCUUGAAUCAGUUCUAAAACCCUUUUAGUACUAGAUUCUGGCUCCUGUAACGUCAAUACUAAGUCAUCUGCAAAUGCUCUCAGUUUGUACUGUUUGGCUCCGACCUGUAUACCUUUAACCAACCGGCAAGCUGGUCUUAAGCCAGGAAUGGGAAGAUCUGUGAGUUACAGUUCCCUCCUCCUUCAACUCUCAGCUUUCCACAUUCCCACAUCAGUAGUUUGGUGUGAAUUUCUCCUACACAUACACAUCUUUGUAUUGGGGUGUCCCCUAAUAUAGAUUUUCCCUAAGACAAUGCAUUUUUGUAAUUUUUCCCAGUAAUGCAUGAAUAUGCUGCCUUCUCUUUCUCUCUCUCAUCUCCCUUUCACACACACAUACGGUGUGUCUUGACAAUGAGCAAAUGGGCAGAAACAAACAUAAACAGAUAGAUCAUGUGUCAAUAUUGGAAGCACUUUGUCUUCACAAUUCUGAAUGCCUUUUUAGCUCCUCUCACCUGAAAGAAGUCUACCUUACGUAGGAGUGGCAGAAAAAUGUGUUUCAAUUUGCAUUUACAGACAAACCUACCCAGUUCACACUUUAUGAAACAAUACACAAACCCAAAGGUAGCCAAUGGCACUUCUCUGCACUUCUCCAAAUUUUGCUCCAAGUAGCUUGUACAAAACUGUCUAUACUCAGGUAACUCAUACUGGUUUGGGGGGACUUCAAAGUCCAUGCUGAUGCCGCCCCCUCCUUACGGGCUCUGGACCUGGUGUCUUCCAUGGCGACAUUAGGUCUCUCCCAGUUUGUUUUGGGUCCCACACAUCAAGCAGACCACACGCUGGAACUGAUCUUUGGCAUGGGCAUAGAUGUGAUCAUGUCCUCCCCUGUGGAAAUGCCAUGGUCUGAUCACUACACUCUGAAAGCCAAGAUUGACUUCCCGCCCCCAUCCCGCUUGGGUGGCAAGUCAAAUUCAAAUUUCAAAUUCAAAAUCUUUAAUACGGUCAAUGACCAGCAAGGGGGUGGCAAGUCUAUUUGGGCUCACCCGCGAAAGCUGAUGGAUCCUGAUGGAUUUCAUCAGGCCUUGCAGGACCCUGCUCCCCCUGGCGGCUCACUAGAUAAGCUUGUUGAGAACUGGAAUAACCGGCUCCUGGCAGCCAUCGAUGAGAUCGCACCUAAGCGCCCUCUGCAACCCUGCCAAAACCGGGCCCCCUGGUUUACCGAGGAGCUUUGGAAAAUGAAGCGGGACCUCAGACGGCUAGAGCGUGUAUGGCGCUGUGCUUGCAACGAAGCCUCAAGAACAUCUUAUAGGACGCCUUUGAAAGCCUAUGAGAUGGCAGUGAAAGCUGCAAAGAAGUUUUACUUCUCAGCUUCCAUUGCAUCCACUAGCUCUCACCCGGCACAACUUUUCAGAAUAAUUAGGUCUUUAACGUCCCCAGUGGGACAGCCAAAUUUAAAUAUAAAUUUGACCCAUAGCUGUGAGGCAUUUGCAAGCUUUUUUGCGGAGAAAGUCCUGCUGCUCUGCCAUGACCUCCCUGCCAAUUUGGAUAGAGUAACAGAACUGGAGGCCCCUCGACUGUCCUCGGGUCCAGUAUUGGACCAUUUCGACCGGAUAUUCCCUGCCAAUGUGGACAGAUUCCUCCGAGCUGGAAGGCCCACCACUUGCCUCCUUGACCCGUGCCCGUCUUGGCUGAUUAGAGCAUGCCAAGACGAGGUGCGGGUCUCCCUGAGUGAGAUCAUCAACUUGUCCCUUGGCACGGGGACAUUCCCAGGGGAGCAGUGGUGUGUCCGGUCUUAAAGGAAACAUCGUUAGAUCCUUUAGAUCUAUCCACUUACCGUCCAGUUUCGAAUUUUUCGUACCUGGGUAAGGUAAUUGAGAGAGUGGUUGCUGAACAGCUUGGCAAGUUUUUGGAUGAAACAUCAGCUCUGGAUCCAUUCCAGUCUGGCUUUCACCCUGGUUACGGGACCGAGGUGGCUUUGGUCGCCCUAACAGAUGAUCUCCAUAGACAGCUGGACCGAGGCAGGUCAGGACUGCUGAUUCUUUUAGACUUGUCAGCAGUCUUCGACAUGGUUGAUCACAAUCUUUUGGACCACUGCCUUGCCGACAUGGGGAUUCAGGGCACAGUCAGGCAACGGCUGCGCUCCUUUAUCUCAGGUCGGGGACAGAGGGUGGUGCUAGGGAAGGAGUUGUUGCCGUGGCACUCCUUGGUGUGUGGAGUCCCACAGGGCGCAAUCCUUUCCCCAAUGCUUUUCAAUAUCUUUAUGCACCCCCUUGCCCAGAUUGUCUGGAGUUUUGGGCUGUGUUGUCAUCAAUAUGCUGAUGACACCCAGCUUUAUCUGUUGAUGGACGGCCGCCCUGACUUGGCUCCGGACACAAUGAUCAGAUGCUUGGAAGCUGUGGCUGGAUGGCUGUGUGGGACCUGGUUGAAGUUAAACCCUUUGAAGACAGAGGUCCUCUGGCUGGGUUGGGACGACAUGGGAUUGGGGGGCGAACUCCCAUCUCUUGUGGGAGCUCAGCUUGUGCCAGUGCCUUCUGUCAAGAGUUUGGGUGUAACCUUCGAUGCCUCCCUCUCCAUGGAGGUACGGGUUGCAGCUACUGCAAAGGUGGCAUUUUUCCAUCUCCACCGCAUCAAGCAGUUGGUCCCUUACCUUUCCCGCCCCGACCUGGCCACAAUGAUCCAUGCAACGGUCACCUCCAGGCUUGACUACUGUAACUCGCUCUACGUGGGGCUGCCCUUGAAGUUGUCUCAGAAACCCCAGCAGGUGCAGAAUGCUCCUUACGGGAUCCUCGCCGCGGGACAACAUUGCUUUUCCAGCUGCACUGGCUCCCGGUGGAGUACAGGGUCAUGUUUAAGGUGCUGGUUUUGACCUUUGAAGCCCUAUGCAGCCUAGGGCCCUCAUACCUACAGGACCGCCUCUCCCGGUAUGCCCCGCGGAGGACCUUAAGGUCCAUAAAUAGCAACACCCUAGUGGUCCCGGGCCCUAAGGAAGUUAGAUUAGCCUCAACCAGAGCCAGGGCCUUUUCAACACUGGCUCCAGCCUGGUGGAACGCUCUGCCUCAUGAGACCAGGGCCCUGAGGGAUCUGAUUUCUUUCUGCAGGGCCUGUAAGACAGAGCUGUUCUGCCUGGCCUUUGGCUUGGAAUCAGCCUGAUCCCCUCCCCCUCUUUCCUUUUCCUUCUGUGAUGGAACCCCUAUUUGGGGACUUCCCUGGCUUUUUUCUGGCCCACGUAUGACCAGUCUGGAUAGUUGGCCUUGGUGAAGAUUUGACGUUUUCUCCCCUCAAACAGGUUUUGAUCUGGGCUUCCACUGAAAUGAGGCUGCAUUUUAAGUUGUAUUUUAAUCCUGUUUUUAAGUUGUAUUUUAAUCAAUUGUUUUUAUACCUGAUGUUAGCCGCCCUGAGCCCGGUCUUGGCUGGGGAGGGCGGGGUAUAAAUAAAUUGUUGUUGUUGUUGUUGUUGUUAUACUGAAACUAGAAUACAAAGAUGCAUUAUAUAAAGGAAAGUCACUUUGGAAACAUGAGUAUAAUGCAUAAAAUGUGUAAAAUUACAUAGAAAGAUGUAUAUUAGGAGGAAGUUGCAGUUAAAUGCUGCUGAAUUUUUCAUGGUGACUUUUUUAAAGGUUUCACAAACUGGUGUGGAAAUGUAUAGAACUCAGAAGUAGAAAAAUGAGAAACUGAAAGAAACAAAAAAAUGACAUAUUUUCCCACUCCUUUUCAAAAUUUGGAAUAAAUCCAGAUUAAACAAACAGGGUGGGAUCCAAUACAAGGACUGGUUUAGAGUUAUUAAUUUCAGUGGGUCUACCCUGAGUAGGAUUUAGUUGCAUACAACCCACAGUUGGUUAUAGUGGAAUGCAAAAGCUUUGUGCUUACCAUCUUGCUUCUCAGUGUGCUGCUACUGGAGGCAGAAAUGGGUCUAGUAGCAACUGGAGGCCCCUUUACUUAAGUCUCCAGGAAACCCACUACCCACCUUUAGACAAAGGAGAAGGAGGAGAGACAAACCCAGAGAGAAAGCCUCCUUGGCACCAGAGGUUUUGGGCAAAAUUAAUGUGAGCACAAAUGUUUGCCAGGAAGAAAACAUUGACUUCUGAUUCAAAUGGUGCUUCUUUUGCACUGAAGAUAAGUGGAGAACCCAGAAGGGUCUUAUCAGCCUUUUAAAGCAGGGGUAGGCAACCUAAGGCCUGGGGGCCAGAUGCGGCCCAAUCACCUUCUAAAUCUGGCCCACGGACAGUCCGGGAAUCAGUGUGUUUUUCCAUGGGUAGAAUGUGCCCUUUUAUUUAAAAUGCAUCUCUGGGUUAUUUGUGGGGCAUAGGAAUUCGUUCAUUCCCCUCCCCCCAAAUAUAGUCUGGCCCAUCACAUGGUCUGAGGGACGGUGGACCAGCCCACGGCUGAAAAAAGUUGCUGACCCCUGUUUUAAAGCUUUGAAGAUGUUGUUUAAUAGGAACACACUGAAAACAGAAUGGGAACAUCUCGUAAAACACAAGUGGAGCAGCGAAAAUUGUGUGAGGCUUGGCACCAAAAGAUUCGUAGUGGAAAAGACUUUUGGUGGAAAAUCCCUGUCCAUUGAUGAAAAGGGCCUGAAAGAGAGCACCAUUUAUCCCAAGAAGAGUCAGAACCUGCCUGACAGAUUGGCAUGUAGUACAAUACCACCCCAUCUUUUCAGAGGACAUAACUGAGUCCAGUUUAACUCUCCCACUUCAGGACAAUCCUUCAAAAGCAUCCUACUUCCUUCACUCCCUGUCCCCCUCUGACUUUUGCUACUGGAAGUAACUGACCAUUGGGUUGUGACUGGGUAAUGGGAGAGUGUUAACUCUUUUAUAGCCACAAUCACAUUAAAAUACGUUCUAUGUCCUUACCAAUUGGGUCUUAGAUGGAUGCUCAUUGAGUAGCUCAACAAGCUACUUUCAUGCCUCUAGCAUAGACAUGUCACACCUGAGAGAAGGUGUCUGCUUAAUACAGGGGUUGUGGGAGUGCAUUUAUCAGCCUGGAUGACCACAUCCCAAGCUUCAAAUGGCAGAGAUGGAUAGGGCUAGAGGCAAAUGUGGGAAGAGCAACAGAGGUGAGUCUUACUUUUGUACAGGAGGCUACAUUCCAGCCACGAAGAAGUCAGAUGUUUCUGUACCCACCUCUCCAACAGGCAAAUGGGAAACUUCACCAGAGCUCAAGGAAAACAUUCCAGUCAAAUCCAAGCACUCAAGGAAAGAACAGAGCAGCGCCCAUGAAGGGCAUGACCUGGAGAAAGGCUUGCCUGAGGGCCGGAGAGAAAGGACUGGAGGGCCACUUUGGGCCUGUGAGCCUGGGGCUCCCUUCCCUUAGCUCAGUAGUUCUUGAACUUUUUUUUCUGGCCACACUUUCAGAAUAAAAAUUUGCUCGUGCCACACCAAUUUUUUAAUUGAGAAGAAAUGUAUGGGGAAACAAAAAGAAGCAACUCCUAGCAGUGCUUGAUUUAUAGCACAGAAUGUACCUACUUUAUAAUAUUAUCAUGGGGCAUCUGGAAAGUAUAAAACAAUGCAGCUACAAAAGAACAUGGAUCAUUCCCAAAAUAAUUAUAUAUGAGCCUCGUACCUUAAGUAUGUGUUCAAACUCAAUGAGAUUUGUGAGCUUACUUUUGCCAGAUAAUCUCAUUUAUAUUGGGUCUAUUUUGAGGCAAACAAACACUCAUCUCCUCAUCAACACAAAGAAGCCUUACUGUUUUCUGAUUUUUCAUAUUUGUCAGAGUUGAAAAUCCCUGUUCACAACAUUAUGUCAUGGAGAACUGUAGAAGAAUAGCCAAUGCUUUUGAAGAGAGGAAUGGAUACUGUUUCUGGUUGUAUAUCCAAAACAUUUUUGUGAUACUAUGCUAUACUACACUGAAAUGUUUAAAUGCUAUAUUGAUUUUCCUUGAAUCUUCCUGUUACACUUGCCUUCCUGUCACGACUGCCCUGGCUUAAUGCACAAAGAUAUCCCUAAUUGUAGAAGGAGUUUAAACUCGCAAGCAGUCUGUUUAUGGCACAACUUGUGCAUAAUUAUUUGCUAAUGGUUCCCAGGCUUAAAUAUUCCUAUUCCAUUUGUGUUGGUGAUUUUUGUGGUCGCAAUGAUAUCAGGUGAUUAACAGGAGAAUGUGUCCUCACUUUCAAAGUUGCCCACAGUGGAGGUGGGCGGAUAACCUUCUGGCUUUUAAUUUAAAACUUGUGCAAUUGGCUACAGCAAGAUUAGUUGCUGGGGCAGUGGUCUGCAGUGCAUGUUUAUGGUCCCACCUCAGGUUGCAAAAUGGCCUGGCCUGGCCCUGAGACCUCUCCCCACUCCACACAGUGAAAAUAAAGACAUUAGUUUGUUGGCUGCUGAAAGGAAGAAGUCAGAGACUGAGAGCUGUGCAAUCACUCAGUUUAUUCAUGUCCUCAUAUAAACAUGACAAGAAGACAGGCUGGGUUUUUAAGGUACAUCACAUGGUUUUGAGGGGUCAUUAAUUUUAUGAGACUUGUAUGUACACGUUUCUUUAUCAAGAUACGAAGUGCAUCCUUCUAAGUGAGCAAUGGCACCAUAUCUAAAAAACAAAAACAUGUUUAAACAUAAGUUCCGUCUUUACUUCCCACAGUCUUUUGAGCUCUCAUUUUUCCUAGGAGCCAAGAUUUAGUAAAAAUUCUCUUAUGUUUAAGGUUGUUAUAAAAUUACACCCCACCCAAUACAGAAUAUAAACAUUUUUGUUCAAUGUUAAUUUAAUGAAUCUGGGGUUAAUUUAAACUUUUAUUAUUUUAUGAUUGUUUUUAAAUGGGAUGCUUCCCUGAGUGUUGUGAUAACAGGGGAAGAGCGGCAAUAUAUUUUCUUAAACAAAAUAAAUGAUAUGUUGUAGCUAAAUUCACCAGCACUCCUAAACUCAUUAUUAUGCCUUAAUGCUGGCAUGCAAUGCAAUCCCCCCCUCCAUUUUGUAGUACAAUGACCUUGAGGUUUAAUUGUGCGCUAACUGAAGUUCUGUAGAAACAUCACCAAUAAAGAUGAAGCAGAAAAAUAAACCUUGCUAAGUGCCUCUCUAAAUCGACCCCUUUUGAUAGAUGGUGACUUAAAAGAAGCUGACUUAAAUACAGCUUAACUUUUGAAUGUUUAUUGCAAGUUAAUAUCCCAGUAUGGAAUGCAGCUCUGUCUUUGAAAACACAAAAGGCUGCCUGCCUGUGGAGUCACACCAUUAUCCCAUCUCAACCCUGCUUGCUCCAGCAAUUAGCCCUCUUAAUCCUAAGAGGAAAACCUUACACUGGUAACAACGGAAGCCUUGUUCCCAAGGCUGAUUGCUGCAUGGCGGAGGGGGUGGUGUGUUAGGAAGGUCACAACCGAGAGGGUUGUGUGGUACCCUCCUCCCAAAUCUCUGCCACACGACAAUUGGGGUUGGGUGGGGUUUUUUUGGAAACCCACUGGCUGAGAGAUCAAUAAUUUGGAAGCUCAUGCUUACCUGGAACAGCAGCUCAUGGUGCCAUUAUUACACUCGCAACUCAUGCACUCAGAUGUAUUCCAUGCUGACCCAGAUGGAUGCUUGCUUGCAUCAUAAGAAUCAGUACAUUCACCUGGAACCAAUUCCUCUGCAUUAGUGUCAAGCCUCCAAGUGUCAGUGAAAUUAUAGGUGUGUCUGGGGAAACCGCCAUUCGUCACAAUGAUCACUACAAUCAAGUUGUAGUUGCCAGAUUGUUCGUUUUUCUGAUACGGCUCCUCUUCGUUUGAUAGUAACCUGAUAUACAGAGGUAUAGCAGAUAAACCACCUUUAUUUCUCUAGCAAAGACUCCUCAAAAGUGAUACAAUUGAUAUAAUCUUGUUGACAUAAUUUGGAUAAAUCAGUAAUGUCAGAGGGAGCUUCCAACUGUCACAUUAAGGUGGGAUUCAGUCACAUGCCGACAAGAUCAGGUUGCACAAUUAAAGUUGAUUUGGAGGUUUUCCACAACAAGCCUACCUCCUCAAAAGACUGGACUAUCUGAGAGAAGGAAAGUGAUGGGGAAAUGUACUGGGUUUUGUGGGAUAGUAACACUUGCUUUGAUGCAACAUCAUCUAAUCUCCCAUAAACAAAUAAGAAUGAAUGGUCAUUAAACAGCCAGCAUUGCCUAAUCUCCCUGCAAACAAAUAAGCUAGAACUGCUGCUCAGAGCUCUUUUCCUGGCAUAGAAGGCUGGAAAGGACUGCUUACCUGAUUCACCAGGAGUGGCAAUUGCGGUCCAGUGUGGCCGGGGGGGGUGGGGUGUCCCGUGCGGCUGCUGAGUGACAUCAGCUCCUCUGUUGGUUGCGGUGGUGGUCAGAAGUCACCCAUGAAAUCCAAACAUGAAGUGGCCUAUCACUGCCCGGCAAGGGGGAGGGUAAAAGCUGGCUGUACUUUUCCCUAGCAGUGCAGUCCCCACCUUCCCUCCCUUGUGUGCCCUGCUCAAAAGUGAGCGGGCAGAGCCUAUUCUUUGACUUUUCUGUGAUAUAUCUGGUUGCCAUAGUCGGGACCAGGCUGAUAUAUAUUUUGCUUUCUCUGGGAUUACAGAGAUGCUAAGGAGUCUCUGAGUAGUUAUAUCAGAAAGUUUUUCACAUGGCAUUUUCCACACAUGAACAAAAUGCAGAGGAAAUGGGUGAGGCAGCAGCUGCCCUUUGAAUUGGUCCAGAACGCCUCCACUGUCCUGGGAGCUCUAGCACACAAGAAGCCCAUUUUGCUGGCAGUUCCCCAGUUUAAGGGAGUUGCAUUCCUAGCCUUGCUGGAGAGACUUUGAUGGCUGGAGGUGGAGACAGCUGGAGGUGCAGCCUCAGUCUGUGUCCGCUUGCUGCCACAGCUCCAUAUGGAGAGAUCUAGAAGGCUUCCCACUCCACUUGACUGGAGCUUAAUUUCAGCUUUGUCUUGCUGGAAGAUGACCUUGUUUUGCUUGCCUCACCUGGCUGAAAUGCCACGCUACCCUUGCUGGAACCUGAAUUCAUAAUUAGCCCACCUUGCUCAGCUGAAACCCCAACUGGGUGAGAUCUGCAUUAAAAGCAGAUACUUCAAGUGGUCAAGGUACACAUAGAGCCACACCCUGCAUUUAAAGCUAGUGACACCCCAGCCAUGGGAACUGUAAAUCCUAGCAAGCUUAACAAACCACAGUUCCCAUUAUUCCUUGGGGGAAGCUAAGUCCCUGAAUAUGUUUUAUACAUAUGGUGUGGAUCCACCUGUACCAGGAGCACCUUGUUCCUUAUGGAACAAUCCUUCUGCCCAAACUAAAAGAGUGUUUGAAAAUAUUACCAUCUUUAUUGUCCGCGGUAAAGGAAUUAUGGAUGCAAUGUUCAUGGCACAAGUCCAGAAAGAUGAACAAAAUAGACAGGUGGAAGAUCACUUUCUGAAACAGAAGCAAAGGGUUUUUUAAAAAAAUUGAGAGAAGUGUCUACAUAAAAUUCUGGAUCUAUCAGGAAAACCACAUGAUCACUUACAUGCCCAAGUUGUUGUUUUUUUAAAUGAAAACAUAAGGAAGGGCCAAUCACUGAAUGAGCAAUGUCAGAAAUAACUUCAGUUUAUAUACCUGCUUUUGUAAUCAGGGAAAGUACUGCAGCAAAGGCAACACUAUUUCCUUCCCUCCAGAUCAGAUAAACACCGAAGCUCUCUUAAGAACAUCUGAGCGUCAGAAGAGCCUGCUAGGUCAGGCCAAUGGCCCACCUGGUCCAGCAUCCUGGCUGUGCCCACGAUUAUUGGCGAGAUGUAGUAAGAAGUAAUAAUCAGACAGAAAACAGAAUAGGCAGAAGCAGGCAUGUAUUAGAAGGACUAAGCAUCAUAAUGAAGGGACACGGGUGGCGCUGUGGGUUAAACCACAGAGCCUAGGACUUGCCGAUCAGAAGGUUGGCGGUUCGAAUCCUCGCGACGGGGUGAGCUCCUGUGGCUCAGUCCCUUCUCCUGCCAACCUAGCAGUUCAAAAGCAUGUCAAAGUGCAAGUAGAUAAAUAGGUACUGCUCCGGCGGGAAGGUAAACGGCGUUUCCGUGUGCUGCUCUGGUUCGCCAGAAGCGGUUUAGUCAUGCUGGCCACAUGAACCGGAAGCUGUACGCCGGCUCCCUCGGCCAAUAAAGUAAGAUGAGCACCGCAACCCCAGAGUCUACCACAACUGGACCUAAUGGUUAGGGGUCCCUUUACCUUUACCAAAGCAUCAUAAUGGACUAAAUGCAGAUGGGGCCAUCUGGCUGAGAACAUGGGACACCACUGUUAAAACAUCUGCACUGGCUGCCCAUCCACUUAAUUUACAACGCUCUGAACAACUGAGGUGUCCAGGGUAACUCAGGGACCCCUUCUGGCCCAGCUCAAUCCCCGAGAUCAUCUGCAGGGUGGAUAAGGCUCAUUUGACAACAGCAAGAAACUGAGCAUUUAGUGUCAUAAGUCCAGUAUUGUGGGAUACUCUGCCAACAGAGGUUCAGCAGGUGCCUUCUGUUUCAGACUUCAGAUGCUUCCUGAAAAUUUUCUAUUCCAUCAGUCUUAUUAAAAACACACCUUUCCAUAAUAGUUUUCUUAUUUUAAUAUUUUAAUGUUUUUAUUGUAUGUUUUUGAACAUAAUUGUUAUAUACUGCUAUUCAUACAAAAGUAUCAGAGCAGUUUACAAGUAUUUGAUGUACUGCAUCAAAAUUCUGAAUGCCUUUGCAGCUCCCCUGCCUUGAAAUAAAUCCACUUUAGGGUGGCCUUUGCACAGCUUUACCUAGUCCAGAUUCAGCAAACCAUUGGAUAUAGUUUAGUGCAAAAGCAUUGUGCUGCUUACCAUCUUGGUCUUUCCAUAUGCUGCUGGCAAAGUCUCCUUACGGGGCCUGGUUCUGGUAGCAGUGGAGAGCAAGAGCGUGUCCCUCGCUUAAGCCUGCAGGGAAUCCACUGCCUACAUUUAUACGAAGGAGAAGGUGGAGAGGCAAAGCUGAGGGGGAAGUCUCCCUUGACCUGGUGUUUGUGGUGUACUAUUGUGCCCACAUCAUGUUUGUUUUGAAGAAAACAUUUCUCAGCUGGGCCUUUUUUCUCUUUGCACGGAGAACACUAGAGUAGGUGGCAGAGUAUUAUCAGCUGAAUUGUCUUCAGAUCUGUUUCUUGGUAAGAACAUGCAGAAACCAGAACAGGAACAGCUUGUAAAACAUCAUUGGCAAAGUGAAGCCUGCAUGAAGUUUAGCGCCAGAUAUUCACAACAACAGGCUGUGGAAAGAGAGGGCUGCCCACUGAGGAGAGGGGCUUGAAAUGGGGUGUCAUUUGAGGGGGAGAUGGCUUGGGGACAAUAACUUACCUGACAACGAGGGCUGUAGAGUUGGGAUAGGGUGGGAAUAAGCAGGGCAUGAUGAAAUGGAUGUAAGCAACCAUGCUUUUCAGGCAGACAGAAUUUGCCCAACUUUGAGAACUGCAAAUAGCAGUUCUUUUAGCUGGAUUGGGUCAGGGCAGAGUCACAGAAUUUGGGCUGAGAGGAAGAUGACUAGUGAAUUUAUACCAGGUCAGGCUUUGAAGCCAGGCAGUUUCAAAGCGGGAAUUGUUGAUGCUUUGUGGAACACCCUCCUAAUGAGAUCCACCUGGCAUUUUUGUUGACACCUUUUCUGGGUGUGGUAAAGAAUUAUAUCCCCCCCCCGGCUUUUGUUGGGCAUUAACAAUGUUGUUUGAUUGUGUACCAUAGUUUCCCCCCAUUCUUUCCCCUGCAUUGUAAUGGGAAAAAUAGCACUCCUCAGUAGGAACCCCCCCCUGGCAUUUUUAGAGGCCACUCUUGGGUGAAAGUGGCUACCACUUUCUCUUGGGGGGGGGAGAAAUUUGAUUCAGUUCACAUUUAACCCAAAAUUUAACAGGUUUGCACUUUCCAAAACAGUAAGAGAACUGAAAUACAGCCACCUUCAAAAUCCACACUUACCUAAAUUUAGCAAAUUGGUGGCCAUCAUUACAUCUUGUGGGAGCAGCUUCCAUCACUUUAUGCAUUGUGGCCCUCCCCAGUCCAGCAUCCUGUUCUCACAGCCGCCAACACAACGCCUACUGAGAAGCCUAUGGCUCAUGAAAGUGGAGGGAGAACACAGCCAUCCGAGUUAGUAGCCUUACCCUGCAUGAACUUGUCCAAUCCUCUUUUCAAGCCCUCCCAGUUGGUAGCCAUCACUGCCUCCCAUGUGAGACGUUUCCAUAAUUUAACUAUGGGCAGCAUGCGUCAUUUUAUCUUCCCUGAAUCUUCACUUUCAUUAGAUGACCACAAGUUCAUCUCUGUGAGAGAGACGGGGAGAAAAACUUUUCUCUACCUGUUUUCUCCAUACCAGACAUGAUUUCAUACACCUCUAUCAUGCCGCCUCUUACCUUUUCUCACAGUGGACAGCAAGAGGCUGAUGCGAAUGUAUAAAUUAUUGCUGGAAUGGGAAACUAAAGAUGAAGAGGUAAAAUCAUUAAUGAUCCACUGGGCAAAAGAUGUGGGGUAUAAUAUACAACUUGCAGAUUGGGAAAGACUGUGGAAGGAGGACUUGAAAUUUACAGCAUGCUGUACGUUAAAAGAGAACCAUAUGAAAAUGAUGUAUAGAUGGUAUUUGACCCGGUAAGACUAGCAUAAAUAUAUAAAAAUAAUACUAGCAUAUGCUCGAAGUGUAAAGAGAAAGAAGGCACGUUCUACCACAUGUGGUGGACACGCAAAAAGGCAAAGGCAUUCUGGGAAAUUAUAUAUAUAAUGAAUUGAAAAAAAUGUUUAAGAUAACUUUUGUUUAAAAACUAUUUAUUUAUUUAUUUAUUUAUUUAUUUAUUUAUUUAUUAUACCUUUUAAAGAGGUAUAAUAGGAGAAGAAUUACCAAAGGAUAUGAAAAGACUGUUUAUGUAUAUGAUGGCAGCUGCGAGAAUGCUUUACGCCCAGGGAUGGAAGGAAGAGGAAACACCAACUAAGGAAGAGUGGAUUAUGAAGGCGAUGGAAUAGGCUGACAUGGGAAAGAUGACUGGAAGAGUCAGACACCAAGAGGACAACAAAUUUAAUACAGAAUGGAAAAAAUACAUAGACUAUAUUAAAGAACAUUGUAAACACUUAAAGACGUUAGCAGGAUUUUUAUAACACUUGUAAUUUGCAAAAACCAAGACUAAAAAAAAGGAUUAAAUUAAAGUUAGAUAAAUGUAAUCAAAUGCGGUAAAUAUAAAAAAAUGUACAUUUUGAAAACCGCGCGGGGGGGAGUUUGUUAUUUUGUUUCAAUUGACGUUUGUAAGGUUAAAAAAUAUGAAAAAUAUUUUUUUAAAAACCACAAGAGGCUGAUGGGAAACCCACAAGCAGGACCUGAGCACAACAGCGCCCCCCCUCCUGUGGUUUCCAACAACUGGCAUUCAGAAACAUAGUGCCUCUGACAUCCGAGCCAUCAGAGUGAGUAGCCCCCAUAGCCCUCUCCUCCAUGAAUUGGUCCACUUGGCCCAGAGCCACCCAAGCUGGUGACCAUGACUGCCUUCUGGGGAGAAAGUUCCAUAAUUAAUCUAUGUGCUGUAAGAACAAAUGCUUCCUUUUAUGUGUCCUGAAUCUUCCAACGUUCAGCCUCAUUGGAUGUCCAACAGUUUUAUUGUUAUGAGCGAGAGAGAGAGAAGGUUUUCCCUCUCCACUUUCUCCAUGCUCUGCAUAAAUGCACAGACCUCUCUGAUGCUACCUCUGGCCUACCUGUUCUCUAAACUACCCACCCACCCACCUUUCCCUGCAGAGGAGUUUCUCUACCUGCUUAAUUGUUUUGGCCGCCCUCUUCCAACUCUACAAUAUCUUUUGGGAGGUGAGGUGACCAGAUCUGUGCACAGUACUCCAAAUGCCAUCGCAUCAUACAUUUGCCUAACAGCUUCAUGAGAUCAGCAGCUUUAUUUCCAGUGCCUUCCCUAAUGAUCCCUAGCACGGGAUUUGCCUGCUUAAUAGAAUUGCAGAGCACACUCUUUCCCACGUAAGCCAAUCAGACGCUUAGGACAAGCCCACAAGGAGGAGCUGAGCACCAUAGCAGUGCAUGUCCCCUCAGAGCCAGUGUGGUGUAGGGGUUAGAGUGUCAGACUAGGACCUUGGACCCGUCUCUCUGCCCCUCAGGCCAUCCUACCUCUUAGGGUUGUUGUGGGGACUAGAUGAAGAAGGGGAGAACCAGGCAAAUGCAAUAAAAUAAAAUAAAUAUCUGGAUCUCUGCUAAAUAGCAACCUUGUGUGCUUCUCAGUCGUAGCUCUUCUCAUAUAGGAUGUCUUGGUAUCUUUUUGAGGGCAAAGACUUGUUUUUAUUUUAUUUGCCCAGGCAUUCCAGUAUGUUUUUAUACUGUUUUCAUUGCUUUUACAAAUUUUACCAACUUUACUGCCACCCUGGAAUAAUGUAUUGUUAAGUUUUAUUUUACUCUGUUAUUGUUUCAAAAUUGUACCUUUUGUGCCCUUUAUAAAUUUAUUAAAUGAAAAAGCCUGUCAAGCUAGCAGAGACUUGUUACCUGCAGCAUCUUAGUCUGACGUUUUCUCCAGCUGACCUUAGGCCAGCUGCUUGAUAGGCAUCUAGGAGUGUUUACUGCAGGAAUUUGGAACCAGAGUCACAGGACAGACAGGUUGCCCCAGAAAACCUAGUGAUGUGACAUACUUUUUCCCCUGUGGUCCCACAAAUCACCUGUUACACAUCUUGCGACCCAUAAACAAAGGCAUGUAAUCUGAAAAGUUGAUCCGUGUGAUUUUGCAAUAGAUUUAUUGGUUUGAAAUGGUGGAUGUCUCCUUCUUUUUGGUUCUUUGAAUGAGUAUCUCUGACCACGUUUCCUCAUGAUAUUGGGGUGGGGGGCAUAUAUAGUCAGCAGCAGUAUAGAAACAAGCCCUAUGAGGAAAGGCUAAAGAGAAGACAGUGGCAGGGUAUGUAAUAGCCUUUCCCCAAUAUUAUUUAUUUAUCGUUUCUUUAUUUCAUAUCUUUAUAUACAGCUUAAUACUAAAACAGUCUCUAAGUGGCUUACAAAAAUAACAGAUACUUUGUGUGUAUGUUACAUUGUGCAUUGUCACUGUGUGGUUACUUAUAAUAGUGAUGGGUGGUGAAUGCAUGAGUAAUUGCAUACAUUCCCUGCAUGCACUUGAGUUUGUGCAUAGAACAAAGACACCCACCUCCCAGGGAUUCUGAACCUGUAGAUUAAAUGUCUCCCACUUUUGGAAGGCAAGAAGCUCCAGGGAAGGACUGCAUUCUGAGGCUGGUGGAGUCUUAAUUCCCUCACUGGCCAAGAUUUGGGAGACCUCAGUAUCCCUCGGCAGAGGAAACAAACCGAAAUAAAGUGAAUUUGUCAGGUAGGGAUUGUGGCUGUGUGCCCAACUCCACCAAAUCCUGGUUCAAGAACCAGCAGUGCCAGAUUUAGGGUGGUGCGAGUGGUUCCCCUAUACAGGGCGCUGAGCCAAGGGGGCGCAAAUUUGAGAAGAUCCAUUUUGGGGUGCCAAAUUUUGGGCUCACUUGGCGCAUAUUACCAAAGAUUACCAGAGUCUGACCCUGGAACCAAACCAAUCUAGGGGGAUCACCCCAGGCUGCCCAGAGUGAUCCUAGGCUGCCAGGGGGUGGGGCAUCAGACAAGAAGGAGAGGUGAAUGGGAAGAAGGUCAGGGUAGGAAGAAGGGUGGGAAGGAAUGUCAGUUGGGGAAUAGGAAAGUGAAGCUGCAGGGCCUUGUCUGCUUUGCCAGUGCCUUUGCCCCAAGGAAAGCCCCUGCAAAGCAGAACCCACACGACUGAAUCCUCAGCUUACUUCCCAAACUAAUACAUGGAUCAUAAUUACACUUCGAUUUUUGUUCCUCUCGCAAAACCUGAGAUUCAGUUCUUGGCUCAAAAACCUACCUAAAAUGCAUUUUUAGAUUUGUUAAUCUUUGAUAAAAGUUGUUUAGGAGCUGAGAUACAACAUUUAAAUAUGUAUUUUGUGGUAAAGCACACAUUUAAAUAGUAUUUAAGUAUGGAUUUUCUACGAGAUUUAGAAAACAGAAUCCACAGUUAAAUCUGGAAAUAGAAAGAUUGUAGGAAUGGACACAUGAAAAAUUGACCCAGGCCAACCCUUUGAGAGACCCUCCACCUGACGAGGCCCCCGCCAUAUCAUUCAAUAAAGAUACACUCAUCCUUUUGGCACUCAUGGAAGAAAAGAGGCAGAGAUGAAGACAUUGACUGAUUUAUUCAGGUUCUCUAACAUGAAGGGAAUGGAAUAGGUUUGUAUAGCUUCAAAACACAGUUGUCAUGGGUCCCUUUAUAGCUUCAAAAUUCAGCUGCGAAGCAUCAUCAUUUCCCGUUGGUUCCAGGUAUGCUAAUAAAAGAAGAAGCAUUAAGUAUGAAACAAGGUUUGUCUUGAAUUGCAACAGCCUUUAAAGAAGCUCUAAAAUGACACACCAGUUUAGCUAUCGCUAACAUCUUUCAGUGCAGUCUCUGCCUGCCUACUCAUAAGUCCACAUUCACAUUCGCUUGACUUGUAUUUUGAUCGUAUUGUGUACCAACUAAUGAUUCUGGGUCCUAGAGCUUUUCAUGCUGUUCUGCAGCUGUGCCAUAAGUUUCUUGAGAAAAUCUGAUCUUGCCAGAAAACCUGAAGAGAGAUUUGGCCCACUUGAUAAUGACCGCUCCCCACAUUAAAUGGGGGGGCGGCGUUUGCGUGGUCGCACGCAGCCCCUGGACCCUACGCGGCACCAUUAGCACAGGCUUGGCUUCGCCUCCCCCAGGUGAGAUACCUGGAGGUCUCUGCCUACCUCAGUCAGUUGCCGAAUUCCGCCUGGGCAGGCGUUGCCAAGGUGAUCAGGCUAGGUAGGGUGAGGGACCCCUGCCCACACAAUAGAGGGAGGAUCUUACCUGGGAAUCUUCAGUUGGCUCCAGAGCUUCUCCCACCCUACCCACCCUCAGUUAAGACUUCUUUUGCAGGUUAACCUUUUCUCCACAGGUACGCGGGCGCUGCUACGUCAGGGUCGCUGUUGAAGGGCCAGAAAGGAAUUCCCCUGCAUUGGCAGGUUUUGCCUUUCCCGUAGCAAAAUGGCACAACUUUGGCGGUAUCAGGCCUUGGGCGGAAUCCUUUAGUCUAUCUUCCCUGAAUGGGGUGGGGCAUGCAGCGGUGACCCACGCCCCCUUCCUCUUUGCGGCGGCGAUACCAGGGUUCCCCGUUAAAGGGGUUGUUUGAGGGGAGGCUUUGGCCGUACGCCUACAGGUCGUCAUUGCUCUCCCCUGCGACGGUGCCGUAACGGGGGCAGACUCUCUCUGCUUGAACAUAUGUUCUCCAGAGCCAGCCCACCCACCGCCCACUGGAUAACCCUGAUGUUCCCCAGAUCCCCAGUGGGGAACUGGGAGGGAUAAACGCCCAAUGCCUGAGCCAAGGUCUACCCACAUCUGAAACAUAAUAAAGUUGUGGCCAAUUUUAAUCCCAUAGCAUGUUGUCUUGAGUCGUUAUUCCACAUGGGGGCCGCCCAGGGUUUGAGGGACUCUGCCUGUCCACGCAAACUGAUUUUGGAAGGUCUUGUGAAUAGCUUUCUUUGAAGUUUCUGCAGAUUUGCCGGCAGGGGCCGUCUCCUCCCACCUCCUCCCUUUCUUCCCAUGCCCCCUCCCUGGCAAUAGUUUUUCAUUAGAGCUUCCCACCAUUGAACUGCACCCCCCCCCCAGUUAUUGCCUGUCUGGGACCUGGGAUUUCCCCCUCAUUUUCCAGAUGACCCUGUUCUGCAAUAAAACACUCACGUUUUGAUCGUAUCACAUCUUUCUGCAUAACUGCAAAGCCUUCCCUCUUAAAAAAUUGAAAGGCCGUUCUAAAGAAUGCAGAGGUGAUAAGUUUGGAGCAAGAAGGCCAGAAGCCUAGAGUGCCUUUAGAAACCCUCUUAAUAACAUAUUUGGAGGGGGGAGCAAAGAGUCCUGGAAACUUAGCUUAUUCUCUUUACCUUUUAGCAACAGAUAACCCCCACACUGACCCCCCAGAGGGUGGAGCAAGGCAGAUAAUACUCAGAAAAAUCUGACGAUGCACAACCCAAGUGUGCACAAAGAAACCUGGUUUCCUGGAGAUGGUUCCAGGACAGAAGUAGAAAGUGCACCGAUAGAGCCACCAAGCAAAGCAAGUCAGGAUUUUUCAGGCAAGUGUGGAUUGGCACUAAGUGUAUACACUGGGAGUAGCCAACAAGGCUACCAUCACCCCUGACUAUUAGCGAUGCUGGUCAGGACUGGUGAAAGUAGGAGUUGAACGUGGAGUUCAGCAGCUUGCCUUCCCCUGGUGUGUGGGCAGAAGGUAGAUCAAGGUCUACUGGCAGACUGAUUCCCCUAGUGAAUUGCAGCAGUUCUUCAAAUACAGCUACUUCUGCCUCCCAGUUGCUUACCAACAGCAACAAAAAAGCCAAGGUCCUAAACAUGUGGCUGAAAUGGAGAAGGCUAACCAGAAGUGGACUUCUGUGUGGAAGGGAUGUGUGAGCUCUGCUCUGUUCUGGUCCUGAAAAGAAAUCCCUCUGCUCACCCUGUCCUUUCCUUCUAACUGCAUGUCCUUUGCCCCUGGUUCAGCUUGAUAGAUCAUGGGAGUCAAUUCGAUAAGCGCAUCGCUAUACAGGAUUGCAAUCUUAAUGUGGUGCCACAACACCAACAAGAGGGGCUACUCACGGUGUCCGGCUCAGUGGUGGGCAGUCCAUUUAGGCAAGCUCAGGAGGCCCUCAGCCAGCGCCUACCUCCUUGCUGACAGCCACUCCAGGGAAUGGCACUGCCUGUCAGUCUUCUUUGUCUCAGGGCUUAUCCGCACUUACUUUCCCCUGCACUUCCUAGGCACAGCCCAUGCUUUAAAGCAGGGGUUGGCAACCUAAGGCCCAUGGGCCACAAGCAGCCCACGGGGGUCGUUUAACCGGCCCACGAACCACCCUCUUGGCAAGUCCCUGCGCACUGCACUAAAUCGGUGCGUGGGGACUCACUUCUGCGGCACCAGAAAUCAUGUCUGCACAGACGCGGACGCCGGAAAUCGUGGGUGCGCUCAUGCACACACGUGAUCCAGCCCACGGAGGGAUCUCGGCUGGAGUGAACCAGCCCAGGCAAGGUAAACCUUGCCGACCCCUGCUUUAAAGCUCUGUCUCCGAGUGCCCCUUUCUUUUGCUCCGGAGCUUCCCCCACAAAAACCCAAAUCACCAUUUGCUGCGCUUGAGCUUUAAAGUGUGGGUUUUUGCAGGGGAAGCUCCAAGGCAAAAAAAUGGUGCUUUCAGCCAUGGACCAUGCCAGGAAAGAGCAGGGCAAAAGGUACAUGUGGAUAAGCCCUCAGUGCUGCCUUUGUAUAACUCAGCAGGGAAGAGUAGAGGAAUAAAACGGCAAUGAGUUGGCUCUACCAUCAGCUCCAGUUCUGCCAGCCAUUUGCUUUGGUGCCUCCUCCUGUUGGCCUCCCUGACGCCUGCCCUGCCAGUCUCCAUGGGCACCAGCCUCCACGGGUCCCGCUAUACAGAGGACAGUCUUCUCUUUGAAGGUGCCCUCUGUUGAAAAAGCUGCAUUGGUUUAAAGAUUAAGAAUUGUCAGAAGGGAGAGCGAUUUGGUAGCUUUAAAAUACUAUUCCAGGCAGCCCUAAGAGCUUUGGAUGAAAGAAUGUUUUAAAUUGUUUUUUACGAUGUUUUCUUAAAGCUGCAAUUGAUUUUAGAUCUUUUUAGAAUGUUUUAAUCUGUUUUAAAAUAUUUGCAUUGUUUCUCUAUUAAAUUCCACUUCUGUAUGCUGCCAAGGGCUUCUGGGGGAGGAAGGGCAGGAUGAUGAUGAUGAUUAUAAUGCCUUGUAUUUCUAACUGUUUCUAAAUUUGCACCUAUAAAUAUAAAGUAGCACAUGUAAAUCUGUGUCCUCUUUUUUUUGGAGGGGGGUGGUGGUUGAUGCAUAACUGACCAAGCCUCUAUUCACUGACAGAGGGAGAUUCUCCCCCUGCCAGUGUGGGCAAUGCAUGAAUAGGCCCAGUGCCAAUCUUUUACUUUUUCCUACCUAUUGUCGCAGCAUUCUGCUCCACUUCUGCUGCAUGUGCAUUUCAUGCCGUUAGCUCCAUUCCACUCAGACCCCAUUCCGUGUUUUGUCCCAUCCAAAGGAGAAGUGCAUCCAUCUGGAGGAAUGACUGAUCCUAGAGAUGGCAGGGAGAACACGGUCAGUUUCAUCAACAUCAGUGCCCGCACUUCCAAAAUGCAACAAAAAGCAGCUGUUCAAAUCAGAAGAUAACCUGGGGAAAUUAUCACCACUUGGCACCACACUCUCAUGGUUGCCCAGCCUGUAACAGCAUCCACAGCUUAUUUCUCCAGUCUGGCUCUUCCCACUAUGGGAGACAGCCUGUUUCUGAGUCCCAGUUGCUCCUGUUCUCCGCUUGUGGGCUUCCCCCUGGGGGAACAGACUAGUUUAUCUCCCAAGAUUGAGAAGAAUAGCACCUGUACAUCUUGCCUGAAAGUUCAAAUUAUACAAAUGCUAGAAAUGCACUCUCCUCCCACUUUUAAAAAAUAAAAAUGGGGAUCUGGAAAUUACGAGGCAUCUGGGAGAGAGGGCAGUGGUUCCCCCCACCCCCGCAUGACCACAACCGAUGGUUUCAAAAUACACCUCUGCAGCUGCAGUGGUUGAUGAAAUGGUUGAUGAAACGACAGGUUGUGGUCUGGCUGGUGCUUUUGGGUGCAUGUGUGUGCAUUCAACAAGUUGUAUAUUAGGCCAGGGAUGGACAAGGUGCGACCUUCCAGGUGUUUUUAGACUCCAAUUUGCAUUUUAGACUCCACCCACCAGCGUGAUUAAUGGCUGGGGAUCGUGAGAGUGAUGAUCCACAGAUUCCCCACUCCUGUGGGAAAGAGAAGAUACACACCAUUGCCCACUCAAAUCUUUAAUUUUUAGGGAACCUGAAGAGGGGACUGGAUACUGAAGGAGGGCAACUCUGGCAAUCCUGCAAAACACAGUUUGAGAAGGUAUGCCCAGAAGGCAAACCAAAGGACCAAAAUAUGGAUGGUAACUGAUCAAGUGCAUGGAUCAGGAAAUAAGAAUAUUUCCUGGUACAUCGUAAGGCUGUGCACACACUCCCCUCUAUAGGGAAAACCUAUUGUGGAAGAAUUUUGUAUACUGAGGAGAUAGGUUUCUUGGUUUAUACAAGUCUUCCUGCUUCAUUAUUGGCCCAUCCUAAAAGGUUACACCCUUUAGGACUCUCAGGGGUUGCUUUAUUGCCCUGAUUUGCUAAUGUGCUUCAGGGAUAAGUGCUGGCAGGGUGUGGGAGGACCUUUGGAUGUCAGUCCAGCCAGCAUGCAGCCUCUCAGGGAUGUCAAUCUUCCUGAUAGGGUCUGACCUUUGAGCUUUGACGUAGGCGCUGAUCUGUUCCUGCUCUGUACUGGCCAGCUAAAAUCUCUCUGUUAUUAUUCUCUGGUGCUCCUGAUAACUGAAGGGGAAAGUAUUUUAUCUUGCUUAUGCUAUGUUAUUCUGCUAAAAGUAUGUGUCACUGUUUUUUAUGCUGUGUUCGAGCCUGACACUAUAAAGGCAGUGAACUCCUCUCCACUACUGUUGCUGUUGCCACUGAAUCCAAAAGAAUGCUUGAAUUUCCAAAACACCCUUCACCUGAUCCAGGACAAUCUAGGACUCAACCCUCCCACCCACGAACCAGUCCUGAAUCAAUUUGGGUGGAGAGUUAAUGUUUAGCUGUUGCUUUUAACAAGGUGGUGAAGCUGACCUCUGCAGUCUUCCUUCUGGACAUGCUGUCUCCUGACAGCUUUUCAUUGCUCUGGAGGCCUGAUUCAACCCAGGGCAAUUUAGGGCUGUCUCAACCUGACUCAGCCCAAGCCUGGAUCUCCAUGAAUUUGGCCAUCUGGUGCCUUGUCCCAGCAAGUAGGGGUAGGUUGAAGUCUAUGGAAAUGCUUGCUUGAGUGUGCAGGCCCUGCUCUUUCUUCAUGAAAAUUGUUCAACAUUGCUAGUGCAAAUAUUUCACAAUAAGCACAUUUUGUAUGCAGUUUUGACUAAUGUCCCCAUUUUUGCAAGUGAUUUCUCCCAAUAUAUUGCAUUUAUUUUUAUGUUUUUGCUAAUAUGUUCAUUUUUACACACAUAUUUUACAUACUUUUUUACAUAUUUUACAUACCUAGCAUAUGCAUUUCUGUAAACACUAUUUGCUUGGAGAACUGCCUUGCAAAAUUCAUAUAACUGCAGAUUGCAAAGGAAGACUUUGUUUUGUUUCUCAUGUCUUGUAUAAUCUAUAACAUCUUGAUAAUUUGAUAGAUUCACCUUCAAAUGCAAACUGAAUGGAAUUUCUCUCACAUCCCUAAUCCUGAGUCAGGAUCAAUUUUUUUUUAAAAAAAGCCAAGCAUGAAAUAAUCAAUUGCACAAAUCAGUAGGCUGUUCAAUAACUUUACCAUCUUUAACUUCUGCUUUAUUUAUGGUUCGGACACAGGAGCCUUGGCACUUGCCCAGCCAGGUGAUGCAUAACAUGAUCAGGAUGAGAGCAACUUUCUGAAAAAGAGCAAUGGGAAGGGGGAAGAAUUCAGCAAAACAGGCUUUCAGUUGCUUUGAGAGUUUACACUAAGCUUUGACUGCACUAGAACUUUGUGGUUAUUUACAUUUUAAUAAAUGAAUGAAAUAUUUAUUGCCAAAAGCUAUAAGCUGUCACAAUUGGUCACAAUGCAUAGAAUACAAAUAAUUGAUUUGAAACUAAACAACAACAACAGCAAAGCAAAAAUUCAAAAAUCACACCUGCAUAAGUUAAGCACUCCACAUCUCACACUCCCCCUUAUGAUACGUGUCUUGGUGCCUAGUGCUCAACUUACUUGCAGCCAAGGCAAAUUUUGCAACCUGUGCAGUAAUAAAUAUGUUAUUGCCAGCCAGCAAAAUAGAGAUUUGCUCAAGGGGAAAGAGAGGAAAGGAUGCAAUGAAGGAAUUUUUGUCUAUAAAGGGCACAGUAACAAAUGGGAUGGAAUGUCCUCCGUGUCUCCCGACUCACAGAUGCAGAGUCUUUGGUGCACAGGGGCGUUAUUGAAUCUCCCCACUAGAUAUGCAGAGGGCAUACACUGAAGACGCAAAGCUGUAAAUGCUUUUCUAAGCGGUGCCAGCGUGAGAUUAAUGAAGUACGGCUCCAGCCCAAAAUAUGUUUUCUAUAUUGGAUACCAGGAUGAGUAUGCCAUCUGGGAAAGUAAAUGAAGGUCCCGCCAUUUAGAGUCCAAAUGGUUUUUCUCUUUGAUGAGUUGUUUGACUCUGUUAGAGGCAAGAUUUGGUAGGGAGUCCACAUUAAUCCCAUAAUAAUGGAGAAUCUUACUGACUGAGUUUGCCCAAGAGCUUCAGGGUAUAAAAUGCAAUUGCUCUCGGAAGCAUUUUUAGGGAGCCUGGUAUUACUCAUGCUAGCCAGUUUCAGCCAGUAUAGGGCUAGCAAUACAUGCACACUGGUUUGUAAGCAGAUUAGCCCUGUUUCAGCUCUUAAAAGGGGGCAGGUGUACCUUUGGGGACAAUCAACAGUGAUUUCAGGAAAGAGUUCUGCACCACUUCUAAGGGGAGGACAUUAAUAUAUCCCCAAAUCUCUGCACUGUACUGGCAUAAUCUUCUUUUGUAAUACCUCAACUGUGGGGGCAACUAAACUCCCCCCUGAACUCUGGAAAACUGUAAUAAAGAGUGAAUAGAGUGAGAGGGUUUCAAUUAACUGCAAGUAGGUGUGGCUUCCAGGACAAUUUUGAAUUAAAGCCCAAGCCCAGGUACUUAUAAUAGCACUGUUGUUCAACAGGUUUAUUGUCCAAACUCCAUCUGUGAGGUUUUCUCUUCUUCCCCAAAAUCACCACUUUAGUUUUAGAAUGGUUGACUGUUAACUGCUCUUUGUGCAAAAUACAUUCAACUUCCUCAUCUCCGCAUCCCAAUUAAGGUUGCAGAAACCAAAAUCAUCGGCAUACAGAAGAACUGAGAGUUUGACAUCCUGAAUAGAAACAGGAAAAUAUUCUAGCCCUCUUAGUUCUUGAACAAUAUCAUUUAUAUAAAAACUGAAAAGAAAGUGUGCUAAGAGGCAUCCCCUAGCAACCCAUUUGCUCCAAGUCUAACCCUAAGCGGAGUGUGGGUCUGCAGCCGUUGAACUAAAGAGAGCAGCCUUCUGUCAGUAUUAGUGGAGGCUAACUUUUGCCAAAGACGUCCCUUCUCUAUCAGGUCGAAGGCAAAAAUAAGACCCACAAAAGCUGCAUACAACUCUUUCCUACCAUUUUGUGGUAGGUGAAGGACAAAACAUUGGUCUAUUGUGGAUUUACCCUCCAUAAACCUUGAUUGUUCUUCAGCUAUAACUGUAUUUCAGCAGCCCCCGACUCCCAAAUUACCCAAUAGAUAUUUUGAGUAUAAUUUUGACACGGUACUCAGUAGAUUAAUUGGUCUGAAAUUCUUUGGGUCAGCCUUGGAACCUUUUUUUGUGAAUGGGAACAAUUAUACUUACUCCCCACCUUUGGGGAAUUUUCCCAUGAUAUGGGUAAACAAUGAAGCAAGGACUGGGGACCACCAGCCACGAUUUGUUUUAAUAAUUACCCAGGGAACAAAUACCAUAUACUCCAGGAGCUUUUUUGGUAGGGAGGGAGUUAAUCAAGACAUUUAUUUCAUCAUCAGUUACUGGGUCCCAUUCAGGGCAGGAAGAUAGCACAGGAGUAUCUAUGUUAUCAUGGGAAUUCAAGGAGGUUCCUAGGCUAGACAGAUGGAAGAGAGAAGAAGAGUGUGCAUGCCAUUGCACAGAGGUAAUUUGCUUAUCAAUGGGGCCGUUUGCCUCUCUUGUCCCUUUUGCCACCAGGGCCCGGAAUCUAGUUGAAUCCCUUUCUAUGGAAGCGUGGCCUAACUCCAUCCAAGUAUGGUGGAUAUGCUUUUCCUCCCCCGGCCCAAAGUAAUUUUUUAUAUUCUCUUUGAAGGUGUAUAUAUUGCAUAUAAUUUUCUAGCGAAUGUGCUUUUUUAAACGUAUAGACUGAGAGACACACGUGAGUUGCGUCAUGAAAGCACAUGAGGUGCAGGUUUGCUAAGACAGCCUUCUCCAGCCUAGUGCCCUCCAGGUGCUUUGGACUACAACUCCCAUGAGCCAAAACCCCCAUAGUUGUAUGAUGCUGAUGGGCGUACAGUUGUGCAGGUCUGGGCUUGUGGGAGGUGUCAUCCAAAACAUCUGGCAGGCAUCUAGUUGGAAAAAGCUGAACUGUGUGACUAAUGACUAGGAUUCUGAUAUUGACUGGCAGGAGUCAGAGGGGACAGGGAGCCUUUGAAGCACCCUAAUUCUGAAGCCCAUUUUAGUCAGAGCAAAUAAAUUUGCAUUGCCACAUAAGCCUUUGCAACAGGUGAAAGGUUUGGAUCACUGACCUUAGUGAGGCACAAAAGCAUUAAUCCACUUACCAUCUUGACUUUUUGCUGCGUAGACAGAAAGGACUUCUUGCUAAGAAAUGGCUGCUUGAAUAAAGGAGUGUUCUGUGGUAAUGGGAGCAAGGAAUCUAUCACAUUUAUAUAUGCCCAAGAGGCAAAAUCAAAGAGAACGCCUCCUUCUAUUUGAAUUAAUGUGACCACCCCCGCCAAAAACACACACACAAAAACAAAAAAACCCUCUUCUUCCUGUACAGAAAGGGGAAGAAAUGUCAUGUUUUAAUAUGGACCUAACUAAUUUACAUUUGGUGGGACGUGGGUGGCGCUGUGGGUUAAACCACUGAGCCUAGGACUUGCUGAUCAGAAGGUCGGCAGUUCGAAUCCCCGCGACGGGGUGAGCUCCCGAUCCCAGCUCCUGCCCACCUAGCAGUGCAAAAGCACAUCCAAGUGCAAGUAGAUGAAUAGGUACCGCUCCGGCGGGAAGGUAAACGGCGUUUCCAUGCGCUGCUCUGGUUCGCCAGAAGCGGCUUAGUCAUGCUGGCCACAUGACCUGGAAGCUGUACGCUGGCUCCCUUGGCCAGUAAUGCGAGAUGAGUGCCGCAACCCCUAAGUCAGCCACGACUGGACCCUAAUGGUCAGGGGUCCCUUUACCUUUACCUUUAAUUUACAUUUGCAAUCUGAAGUGGAAAUGUAGCAAGCAGAAUUGAUUCUUUUAAAUUUGGGCUUAUUUUAUUUUUUUGGUCUGAAUGAUGUGUACAAAAAUUCACAUUUUAGGGGAAGUGUACAUAAUCUUACAUAUGUUACUGGAAAUAAAAUACAAGAACACAGUGUUAGGCUAAAUUGCCUGGAAAACGUGUAUUAUGCAAAAUUGCAAACCAACUUGUACAUUAGCUUGAGUGAACCCUAAAAAGGUGGCAGAUUUUCAUUGGGGCACUAAGAAGGCUGAUUUGGAGAUGUGGCAAACCAAACAUAGGCUUUGAUAAAUGAGAAACUGAAAUUGACACCAUCCAUCCCCAUCUGUUGUCAACACAAUCCCACCUUCAGUGCAGUCUUCCACUUGAGAUUCAGCAGGUGUUCUCUGCUGUAACUUUUAAACUUUUGCUGAACACUCAUGCAGACAAACAACAUAACUUCUAUAAUAGUUAGUUGGUGAUUUCUGAAUUAAAUUUGCUGUGUGGCUUUUAUUGAAUAUAUAUAACUGUUGAACUGUUGAAAACUGCUUUAAUUUUUUAUUUUACAAAACUGGAGUAUAUAAGUAUUUGUAUAUAUAAAAUAAAAUAAAGGUUAACUUUAAAAAAUGAAAUUCAAAAGAUUUCAUUAGGUCUCUCUGCACAAUUGAGCAUCCACAAAGGCGGGGAAUCAUGUGGAAGAUCUGAGAGUGUUCUAGCAAACAUGAGUAAGACCCUCCUCUCUUUGAUCUUUAUCUAUGGGCCUUCACAGCCCAGGAAGGUUGAGGACUUUUGCCUUCUACAUGGAAGGAGAUUUCCUCUUCAGAUUGUGUUCCUUGGGGAUGCUAAUUGCUUAAGCAGCAUUCAAGAACCUAUAGACUUGUACCUUAAUUACCUCUCCCAUCAAUCUUAAUGCCUCAUUAAUUGGAACAAAACAUGCCUAACGUUCUUUUACUGGAAGUAUCUGGCAAUGUUCGAGCAAUUCUGAAGCCCACUGUAGCCAGACCAAAUCAAUUUGCACUACCAUCAAAACCUUUACAAAAAUUCUAUGCAAACCACAUCAAAGGAGACCUUAGUGAAACUAAGUAAGAAAUACUGCUCUUAAAGCAGUUCUGUGUGAUAAUGCCAGUUAACUAUCCACCACAUUUAUAUAACCAGAAAAAGUCCGAGAGGCUAAUUCAAGGUGCUAUGUGAAUUACUGGAGCACAGGCGGAACACUCUCCUCUUAUGUGGAUGGGGAAGAAAUUUGAGUCGUUUUACAUUUUAAUGUGAACUUAACUUAUUAACCUUUUCAAAUGCAAUGUGGCGAAAAGGAGUGAGUCAUCUAACUUUGUGUUGUAGAAACACAAAUUUAGAUGACGCACUUCUAUGUGCCACAUCUACAAAAAAAAAAUACAAAAUUGUUACCAAAGAUAACAUACAAAACUAUAUUGUACAAGGCAAAACUGAUGGGAAUGUGUGUAUGUGUGUGCAUGUUGUAAACUAAUUUAAGUUUUUAAAAAUGAAACUGCAGUAUAUAACUAUUUUUAAAACUAUAUAAAUUAAUUAAAGUUAAAGUUUAUUUAAAAAGGAAAACAGCCUAUGACUUUUUUAAAUGUUUUAGCAGAAAUGGAUGGAAUUUGCAAAUGGAUGGAAUUCUAAGGGUAUGAAAUCUGCCAGAUUUCAGACAGCUGUGCUGGGCAGGAUGGGGCAAGGUGGUUGUGCCAAGUGCCUUUAAAGUUGAAUUGUGGGAGGAUAAAAAAGGAUUCACUUCAUACACACACCAUAGUUUUGUGCUCUUUUCUGAUAUGUUGCUUCCAUAUCAUUCCCCAAAGCACUGUAAUUGGAGAGCCUUGGUAAAACCAUUCCCUGUACCUUGGGUUAAGAACUUAAUUUGUUCUGGAGGUCCAUUCUUAGCCUGAAACUGUCCUUAACCUGAGCUACCACUUUAGCUAAUGGGGCCUCCUGCUGCCGCCGCGCCACCAGAGCACAAUCUGUUCUCAUCCUGAAGCAAAGUUCUUAACCCGAGGUACUCUUUCUGGGUUAGCGGAGUCUGUAACCUGAAGCAUCUGUAACCCGAGGUACCACUAUAAUUAGCUCCUGUUAGCUUGUCUGUCAUAAAACUUCACCCCAUCCUUUUCAUCCUCACUCCCUGGCAUUUUGUUGGAGAACAUAGGAGGAUGUUGUUUUCAUUUGAGAAAACUGCAAAUAGGUCUUAAAUUUUGGGGAACGUAAACCUUCUGGAAUCCAGCGCAGACCGAUUCAGAGGGGAACCCCCUUCACUUUUGGCAGCUUCUGACUCUCCCAACUGGCUCACUUCAGUUUGGGAUUCUUCCAAAGAGAAUGAAUACCCCUUGUAAAUGGCUUACUCUUUUUUUUGAAGGAGCACACAGGAAUUAUGACUUUGACUAGACAUCAGCCACCUGGAGCAACACACUCUCCAGGAAAUUUUCUGGGCAGUAUGAGUUAAACAUUGGCUAAACAUGAGUUAAACAAGAACAAGGAAAAUCCCUGGUUCUUUUUCUUCCAGAAUAUUUGGUAGACCUCUGCACAAUGCAGAGAUUACAGUGUCAUUAGCAAGCUGAGAAACUGAAGACCCAGGGACACAAUUUUGGUGCCAUAAAUGUACCACAUAUAAUGAGAAGUGGAAUGCUCACCUUACAUAUGGCAACAGGGCCAAGAUUUCAGUACUAAUGAGCAAUCCCCGCAGGUGUCACGUAACAAAGGAGUUCCCCUGAGUUCAUCAACACUUGUUGAUGGAGUAGGAUUACAGACUGGUACACACUUAGGACAUUUACAUAGAUUAAUUAACUCUUCACAUGCUAAUUGCUGAUACACAGAGGUAGGUACACACAUUCCAAUAUCCAUGGAUCUCAAAGUCUGACACACAGUCUUUACACAUAAACACUAAUUAAACCCUUGCAUAGCCUCCUUUCUAAGACACAUUGAAGCUGUCUUAUAACAUAUUCCAGUUAUAACAAAGAAGUUCUAAUUAAAUCCUGAUAUUUACUAUACAGUGGUACCUCAGUUUUCGAACUUCUCUGUUAACAAACAUUUUGGUUUUUGAAUGCCGUAAACCCAGAAAUAAAUGCUUCAGUUUUCGAACACGCCUCGGAAGUCAAACAUGCCACGUGACUUCCGCCGAGUGCAAGAUCCCGAGGCCUAGCUGUCGGCUAUUGCUUUUUCGGUUUUCAAAUGUUUCAGAACUCGAAGGUCUUCUGGAAUGGAUUACAUUCGAAAACCAAGGUACUACUGUACCUAAACAUUUAGCACCACAGAUCUAUUACAGUAUUCAAGAUGGUUGGUGCUUGUAAAAAAACCUCACAUGCUCCUAAAUCUGCCCCUUGCAAGGGUGGAUAGAGUAAGGUUACCAGAUUUCUUCAAAGAAUCAAGGGACACUUUUUUUAAAAAAAGAGAGAAAAUAUAUUUUUAAAAAGUUAUUUAAAAAAUUAAGAUAUCUUCUCUUCUGUGGUCUCCUCUGUCCUGCGACCUUACUCUGGACCCCGGCCUGCUCUCUUGGAGCGCUAGCUGCCAUGGAGUAGGCUUGGGUCAGGCCUGGGCUUGGCCCUCUUGGUGCUCUCCUACCUCUCCUCCUCAGCAGUGGUGCCGGCACUGGCACGGCAAGGUCGGGGCUCCCCUCUUUUUUCUCCUUCCUCUUUCUCUCUCUUCCUUCUCCUUCUCCGCUCCUCCUUCUCCCUACGUCAGCUCCAGGGUUUUCCUGGCACCAGAGCUCCACUGGGCAGUUGGCCACACACUCUUGUGCCUGGCUUGAUUUGGGUCACAGGGGGGUGUCAGUGGUCCCCCCACUUGACGUGCCGGGCAUCCCCAGUUCCCCCUUGGCAGUGGCGGCCGCAACAGCAGUCUGCCAGCCUGGUAGUGCAGUUGGCUCUGGCUGGCUUCAGGAGCUGCUCGCUGCCAUGGCGCCCGCCAUUUUGCCUCGCUGGAAGUCCCCAUAUGAUGUGUCUUGUGCCGUUGAAUUAAUCACACAACAUUCAUUCCCUACUAAUAAAUCUACAACACUUAAAAUAUAAAUCCAGGGAGAUUAAAUGAAAUCCGGGGACAUUCUGGGGAUGGAUUUUGUCCGGGGACAGAUUUGUAUACCCGGGGACUGUCCCCGGGAAAUGGGGACAUCUGGUAACCAUAGCAUAGAGCCUUGUGGGCAGGAUAGAGGACUGUCCUCAGUAAACUGACCAGCCUACCUAGGCCAUUAAGUAACCAGCAAUCUCCCUAACAUGUGGAAGACGAAAUUGAGGCUUAGGAAAAUGAGAACCUGAGGGGAAAUGAAAUGGACAGAUGUGCCCUCUGGUGCUGAGCUGCAGACCUUCCCCCCAAAGGAGGUGCUCUAUCAGUGAGCGAUGGACCCACCAGGACCCCUCCCAUGUACCUGCAUGGCAUGCGUGAGCAACCUCAGACAGUGUGUGUCUUGUACAUGUCAUUGCACCGUAUCUCAGCCGCUUCUUAUUUCUGAAACUUCUGCUUUUCUGAGAAGAUGAGAAAUCACCUGUUAUGAUCUUGCAAAUUCUUAUUACAGUCAUACCUCGGGUUGAAGUAGCUUUGGGUUGAGCAUUUUCGGGUUGUGCUCCACGGUGACCCGGAAGUAACAGAAUAGGUUACUUCCGGGUUGUGCCACUCGCGCAUGCACAGAUGCUCAAAAUGACGUCAUGCACAUGCGCGGAAGCGGCGAAUCACGACCCGCGCACGCACAGACACGGGUUGCAUUCUGCUCUGGAUGCGAACGGGGCUCUGGAAUGGAUCCCGUUUGCAUCCAGAGGUACCACUGUAUUUGAAGCCUUCAGAAGCUUAAGUGACAAUGGUGAAGCCAUAAUAAGAAACUGAUUUCCAUUCUCAGGAAACUGGCCAUCACCCCUGCUGAGACUAUUCUAUGCAUGCAGGAAUGGCUUAUCUCUCUCUCUCUCUCUCUCUCUCUCUCUCUCUCUCUCUUUCAGGUAAGUGAAGGGGUUGAGAGAAGGGCACCAUCAGUUGGCAGCGGAGGCCUCUGUAGGCAUCUUCUUUAUUGGCCUCUGCAUCCACUAAAAAGAAUGAUAUCGCAGGAAUCUCAACUAAAGCACCCAAGACAGAUGGCCAUCCAACCUCUGCUUAAAAAGGCAUUUUCCUUCAUUCGGCUUCUCCUCCUUUUAUAAAUGAAGAUUCCUUGCUGCCAUUACCAUAUGACACUCCUUUUCUUUAGGAGCCAUUUCUCACCAUGAAGACUUUCCAUCUGCACAGCAAAACUAGAAAGUCAACUAAUGCUUUUGUGUUUCAGUAAGGCCAGAUAUCCAAAUCUUUAAUCUGUUCUCUAUGGAAAUGCUGUAAAGAUUGUUGUGAUGAUGCAACUAUAUUUGGUCUUGCCAAAAUGGGCUUCAGAAACAUUCCCUGUCCUCUCUGACUCCCAGUCCAUCCGUUCUAGUCAAGGAUCUGCCACCAACACCCCUCCUUGAAAAGCCAGAUUUUAGAAAGGGGGUUGUGCAAAUUCACUUUGUUUGGCAACACUUUCCUCAGGGUAGAAUUCCAGUUGUCCCAGGGCAGCGUUUGGAAGGCUACCAAAAACAACACAGAUUAUCGUCUUUCAUGAUCCUAAUCCCAGUUUUAAACACUGCCUCUCAGUUUUGUUCACUACAACUCUACAACAUCUGCAGAUGCGUUUGCAUUUACAAUGCAUUUCCUGUCUAACCAGGAAGGCAAGCAGUGGAGGAUUCUCCACUACAGGGGUCAGCAACCUAAGGCCUAUGGACCAGAAGCGGCCCACAGAGGUCGUUUGACCAGCCCCCGAGCCAUCCCCGAACUGAGUCGCCUGCUUGCACGCUGCACUAAACUGGCACAGCGCGAUGCAGGGACUCACUUCCGCAGUGCUGAAAAUCGCGGGCACACGUGCUCUCACACACACACACAAUCCAGCCCAUGGAGGGAUCUCUGUGGGACCAAUCCGGCCCAGGCAAGAUAAACCUUGCUGCCCCCUGCUAAACUACAUCUACAGCAGAAGGAGAGAGGGAGAGAGAGAGAGAAAGAAAGAGAAAGAGAGAGAGAAGGAGGUGUAUAUAUAUUAUUCCCUUUUCACUGCACCAGUUCCUUGGUUAAUCCAGUCUGGAUUGGGCUCCUGCCCAGGAAAUGGACACAACUUGUAUGCAGUUGAUCCAUCACCUGACCUGCCCCAUUUUGCAGCAGCUGUUGCCAGGGGUUGCAUGCACUCUUCCACACUUUUGGCAGAUUGGCACCUCUUUGAAGGUGCCCCCUCCCCUGCUGGCACAGCCCAGGGGAUCCCAGUGAAGGGGAGGAGCAGCUGCACUGAAUCCUAACCCCUGAAAGCAUUGGGUUGGGUAUUAGGAUGGGGAGGGGAGGAUUGCUCUGCCCUUCAUAUGCCACUAUUUCUAACUGCUUCUUCAUCCUGAAGCAUGCAAUCUGGAUAUUUUGAAAGACAAGGAUAUGGAUUAAUGGAUAAAUGUAAUGAAUUAAAAUAUGUUUGGUGUGACUCUUGAUUACUCAUGGAAUAAACAGCAUGGAAAAUAGCUGCAGUGAUGAAACUAUCAAAUGACAGUAACAUUUUAAAGAAAAGAUAUCCAUGGAGAGCAGUGUGAAGAUUAGCUUUUAUUUGUUCACUAUAGAAAUGAGAAACAUAACAGCAUCCAGACAGUCCCUUUAUUUUCUUUGCUUCUUUUCCAAUGUCCUACUGUAUAGCUCCGUGAGGGGGGGAACUACAGUUCCCAGGAUUCGGGGGGGGGGGGCAGCUGUGUGCAUUGAAUGUACUUUAACUAUAGGGUGGGGAUUUGCUUUCAUUCUCCUGCUACAGCUGAAACAACAGAGCAAGUUUGGCUUUUAUCUGACUUCCCCUCCUCCAUAUUUAUUGCUAACUACAACACAGAUUGGAGGUUGCGAAGGCUGCCUUGAAUUACAAAUCAAGUUGUUUUAUUCCGGUAGCAAAGAAACAGGAGGGCAUCGGGCGUGAGGGUAGGCCACAGAGGAAUGUGCUCUUCUGCACAGAGAGCUGUGAAACCAGGUCCAACUCUCUUCACUUCCACCACAAGGAACAGAGGGGACUUACUUCAAAGUAAACAUGCAAAGGAACUUGCUGUAGGUGUCCUAACAUGUGCCUGCCAGUUUUUCCUAGUCAGACUACUGUAGUUGAAAAUGUUUCCAAGAUGUUCUUCUGUGAUAAAGUCUUUUUAUCUUUUAUAUCUGGUAACCAAUGUGUGUGGAGAAAAAUUUUUGAUAGUAGGAGUACAUGCACCGAAUGAGGGGAAAUCUGAAUUCUAUAAGAAGUUGCAUGAGACCUUGCUGGACUAUAUGGACAGCAACAUUAUUUUGAUGAUGAUAUGAAUGGUGUGGUACCCACAAACAUGGAUAAGUCGCAGAGACAGGUAGUUACUAAAGAUGGUAGACUACCAAAAACUUUUUUUGAAUUGACUGACAAUAUGGAUUUGAUUGACAUUUGGAGAAUUAGGAACCCCUUGGGUAGAGAGGGAACCUUCUUUUCUGAAGCCCAAAAGACGUGGACAAGAAUUGACCAAAUCUGGAUAACUAGAGGACUGGCACCUAAGACUCAAAAAGUAGAGAUCUGCCCUAAGACGUGCUCCGACCAUAAUGCCGUGAAAAUGGAGAUGAAACUAACACCAACCAGUUCCUUCAGAUGGAGGAUGAAUGACACCUUGUUUAGAGAUCAAGAGGUUACCAAGAAGGCCCAAAAAACCCUGAGAGACUAUUUUGAGAUAAACUUGAACAUUACCGUUGAAAAAAGAGUAAUCUGGGACUCAAGCAAAGCAGUUAUGAGGGGGUUCCUGAUUCAACAGAAUUCAUUAAAGAAGAGAGCCCAAAAUGAGAAAAAAGAAAAAAAAAUUGGAAAAAAUAAAAGAGGGCAAGAAGAAACUGAGAGUGAAACCAAAUUCACAAGAGAUUCUGAGAGAAAUAAAGUUACAUCAAGUGCAAUAUAUGAAGAUGAUGAAUCAGGAAAUUGAAUGGAAAAUUAAACAAAUGAGACAAAAGACUUUUGAAUCGACUAAUAAAUGUGGGAAACUGUUAGCUUGGCAGAUGAAAAAAAGACAAAAGCUAAACACUAUUGCUAAUUUGGAGGUGGAUGGAAAGAACAUUCAGAAUCCAGUGGAAAUUAGAAAAUGUUUCCAGAGGUACUUUAAACAGUUAUAUACACAAGGGCCUCAGAAAGAGUUUGAUAUAGACCAGUUUCUGAAAACAAAUGGAUUGCAAAAAAUCUCUCAAGAAAAUAAGACAAUGUUGAAUUACAAAAUUACGGAACAGGAGGUAGAAGGUGCCAUUCAGAAUAUGCAGUUGGGAAAAUCUCCAGGGCCGGAUGGUUUAACCUCAAAAUACUAUAGAACUUUGAAGGACUGGAUAAUUCAACCACUAAAGGAGGUUUGCAAUGAAAUUUUGGAGGGGGAAAAAGCGCCAGAGUCGUGGAAAGAAGCAUAUAUUACACUUGUACCGAAAACUGAGUCUGAAAAGACACAACUUAAAAACUACCGACCCAUAUCCCUGUUAAAUGUGGAUUACAAAAUAUUUGCUGACAUUUUGGCUAAAAGGCUAAAAAAAGUAUUAGGGGAAGAGAUACAUAAGGACCAAGCUGGCUUUCUCCCAGGCAGACACUUGUCUGACAAUACGAGGAAUAUAAUUAACAUUUUGGAGAAGUUGCAAGAGGACAGUAAUACCAAAGCAGUUUUAAUCUUUGUGGAUGCCGAGAAAGCCUUUGACAAUAUUUCUUGGAGCUUUAUGAAGAAAAAUCUUCAGGGGAUGGGGGUCGGUCAAGGGUUUGAAAAUGGUAUAAGUGCAAUUUAUUCAGAACAAAAGGCUAAACUAAUAGUUAACAAUGUGGUGACAGAGGAAUUCAAGAUAGAGAAAGGGACACGACAAGGCUGCCCAAUUUCCCCAUUACUUUUUAUUUCGGUCCUGGAGGUUCUGUUAAAUAUGAUUAGAAGGGACCAUCUGAUCAAGGGUAUAAAGGUCAGAGCUAAACAAUAUAAAUUGAAAGCCUUUGCAGAUGACUUAGUAUUGACUUUACAGGAGCCAGAAUCUAGUACUAAAAGAGUAUUAGAACUGAUCCAAGAAUUUGGUCAUGUGGCAGGAUUUAAGUUGAAUAAGUUAAAAACUAAAGUCCUUGAGAAAAACUUAACAAUGAUUGAGAAAGAGAGGUUUCAGAAUGAGACAGGUUUAACAGUGGUUAAGAAGGUGAAAUACUUGGGGAUUAAUAUGACAGCUAAAAAUGGGAACUUAUUCAAAGACAAUUAUGAAAAAUGUUGGUCGGAUGUGAAAAAGGAUUUAGAAAUAUGGUCAAAUCUGAAGCUUUCCUUGUUGGGUCGAAUUGCUGCUAUAAAGAUGAAUGUAUUGCCGAGAAUGCUGUUUUUGUUUCAAUCAUUACAAAUUCUAGACAAAAUGGAUUGUUUCAAGAAGUGGCAGAGAGAUAUUUCUAGAUUUGUCUGGCAGGGCAAGAAGCCCAGAAUAAAAUUUAAAAUAUUAACUGAUGCAAAAGAAAGAGGGGGAUUUGCCCUGCCAGAUUUCAAACUUUAUUAUGAAUCAGCAGCUUUCUGCUGGUUGAAAGAUUGGCUGCUUCUUGAGAACACAGACAUUUUGGAUUUAGAAGGAUUUAAUAAUGUUUUUGGAUGGCAUGCAUACUUGUGGUACGACAAGGUCAAAGCACAUAAAGCAUUUAAAAACCAUAUUGUCAGGAAAGCAUUGUUUAAUGUCUGGACAAGAUAUAAAGACUUACUUGAAAACAAAACCCCAAGGUGGUUGUCACCGAUGGAGGCAAAGGCCCUGAAAAAGCUCAAUAUGGAGGCCAAAUGGCUGAAAUAUUGGGAAAUUUUGGAGCAGGAAGGAGACAAAUUGAAACUGCAGAGUUUUGAGAAACUAAAAGAUAAAGUGCGAGAUUGGCUUCACUAUUAUCAAAUAAGAGAGGCUUAUAAUUUAGACAAAAAAAAUGGCUUCCAGGUGGAAAAAUCAAAGUUGGAAACAGAACUGUUAGAUCCUAAAACAAAGAUACUUUCAAGAAUGUAUAACUUGCUGUUAAAAUGGAACACUCAGGACGAGACGGUUAAAUCUGCCAUGAUUAAAUGGGCACAGGACGUUGGACAUAACAUUAUGUUUGCUGACUGGGAACAGUUGUGGACCACAGGUAUAAAAUUUACGGCAUGUAAUGCCCUAAAAGAGAAUAUUAUGAAAAUGAUUUAUAGGUGGUACAUGACACCAGUCAAGCUUGCAAAAAUCUAUCAUUUGCCCGAUAAUAAAUGUUGGAAAUGUAAAGAAACUGAAGGUACAUUCUUUCACCUUUGGUGGACGUGCCCAAAGAUCAAGGCGUUCUGGGAGAUGAUCUAUAAUGAAAUGAAAAAGGUAUUUAAAUUUACCUUCCUGAAGAAACCAGAGGCCUUCCUCUUGGGUAUAGUCGGCCAAUUGGUGCCAAAGAAGGAUAGAACUUUUUUUAUGUAUGCUACAACAGCAGCAAGAAUACUUAUUGCAAAGUAUUGGAAGACACAAGAUUUACCCACUUUGGAAGAAUGGCAGAUGAAGGUGAUGGACUAUAUGGAAAUGGCGGAAAUGACUGGCAGAAUCCGAGACCAGGGAGAAGAGUUGGUGGAAGAAGAUUGGAAGAAGUUUAAAGACUAUUUGCAGAAAUACUGUAAAAUUAAUGAAUGUUAAAAUGAUGUUGGACUGAAAAUAAGUGGUUUUGGUAAUAAGGUUAAUAAGAAUAUGUAAAUAUUGAUAGUUAUAUGGAUGAAAAUAUAUAGUUAUAAUAGGUUAAGAUACAGAGUAAAGAUAAAUGAAAGAGGGUAAGGAUUUGCUGAAAGGAUUUUGUAAACGGGAAUACAAAAAGGGGAGGUGUGAGGAAGUCAGGGAAGUAAGGAAAUGAAAUGUAAGGUAUGGAAAGAUCGAUGUGUUUUUAAAGUUUUUUUUUAAUCUUUUUUCUGUAAUUUGUAUUUUUUCUUUUUUCUUUUUUUUCUUUUUCCUUUCUUUUUAUCUAUGUAAUCUUUUCUUAGAAACUUUAAUAAAUAUCAUUAUAUAUAUAUAUAUAUAUAUAUAUAUAUAUAUAUAUAUAUAUCUGGUAACCAAUGGUGUCAGUGUUCCUUAGGUGGUGGUGGUGGGUCUGCAGGCCUGGGGGAUCCAGGCAACCCUGGAGGCCUCGCUAUCCAUCCCAUGUCAGGAUCUCCCCGAAUCCUGUCUCCUUCUCAGGCCACACCCUCUCUGGCCCUGCUCUGCCCCCUCCUCAAAUGCUUUGAUCUGCAAGAAUGUGAUUCUGAACUGUAUUGUUUGGAUGGAGAGAUAUGUGGGGAAGAUGGGGGAGACACCCUAGAUUUGUGGGACUGGAAUGUAGCCUGUGGUACAAAGGUCAGGUUCACAUCUAUUGCUGCACCAACUUUGUCCCUCUGCCCCCCCCCCCACUGGCCCUGUGGGGAGGGGAUGUGACUCUUGGGUUGAAAGCCAUCCCCACAACUGAAGAUCACUUAUGUUCUCUACUGGGAGUGAGAAUCUGCUGCUGUUGUUUUAGCAUUUAGCAAGCAUUAAGUUAAUAUGAAAUUCAAGCCGGUCCCUUGUUUCGCUGUUCGGCAGGUGAGACACAUGGAAGGUGAGGCUUAAAACAGUCCCCAAAGUGGGUCUGUCCAGAGGCCACCUCAAAAGAGAGUGAACUCCCAGGGAGGACACUGCCAGGACCCUCUGGAAAUUAAUAGGCACACAGCGUUGUGGGGUCAUCAAGCUUAUAUAACUUAUACUGGCACGUUUCUGGAUCAAUCACUGCUUUGCAUCCUACAACAUCUAGAAUGCCACCAUAUCUGAAAAGAAAAAGAAAAAUUCUAUUUUUAAAUCAUUUAUGGACCACCUUUUCAUAAAGAUACUUAAUAAGGAUUUACAACAGGGUGAAGAAUCCUUUUCAAGUUGAGGGCUGCAUUCCCCAGUGGGCAACUUGGGGAGGGGCACAAGUUAGUGGUGGCUAAAGUGCGCAGAGCAAAGGAUGGGACUCUUUCUUUUGUAUCACAGGCUAUGUUCCAGCCAGGCAGAAGCCAGAACUUUUCUCUUUCCAGACAACAAAGUCCCAUUUCAGAGAGGCAACAUCACUUGAAAGGAGCACAGGACAUGACCAGGAUGAGCCAUGGCCUUGCCAGGGUCCUGAGGGCCAGAAAGAGAGAACUGCAGGGUCACAUCUGACCCCCAGUCUUAAAGUUCCCCAUCCCUGUCUAUCAAGAGAGUUUGGGGAGUGCUCCUGGAUUUGGCAAUGCUUCUGCAUGCCUGGGUGGCUGGUGUGCCCAGGAGCAUUUUGCCCACCUGCAGCUGAUGUACCACCUGCAUCCAUUCCUGUAUCACCUCGUCAUCUCCUGGCUCAAUGACUACAACAUGCUUUCCCUGGAGCUGCCCUGGGAGAAUGUUCAGAAACUGCAGCUUUGGACAAAAGGCAACAGUUGCUUUGCUUUCUGGUGUAUGUUUUUAAGACCAUGUUAUACUGGUCUUACAUCAGUUGCAUUGGCUUCCAGUUUGUUUCUGGUUCCAAUUCAUAGUGUUGGUGGUCAACAACACAGUUCCAACUAGCUUAGGGCCAGGGACUAUCCUGCAAUGGUGAGGCAAAGUGACUCUGCACUGUGCUCAGACCCCUCUUUGUACUUUCUGGAGCAGAGCUGAGCACUAAAAGAGGUUGUGAGGUUCUCCAGGGAGGGCCAGCCUACCAGGGCCCCCGCCUGAAACCCUGCAAAGCCAGUGCCAGUCACGGCAGACAGUGCUGAGCACUGUAAAUGGACCAAUGGUCUGACUCUGUAUAAGGCAGCUUACUAUGAUGCUGAGGGUAUCAGGGCUUGUUUCUUUUUUGAGGAAUACUAAGGAAGGAACUAUUUGGAUCCAUAUGCAGAAUUAUCGUCAGAGCUGGGCAUGUGCUACCCUCUCAAAUGAUGGAGAAAUCUCCACCCGCCUACUGAGGCUACAAGCUCUCCUUCCAACUGCUCUUUGCCCUGCCUGGUGGAGGCUGGUCCAUUAGGGCAAAUGCCCUGACCCACCCACCUCAGUCUGACCAAACCUGCCUGCCUACUUGCAAAUCAGUCCAGGGGUGGCACUGCCUUGGCAGCUUCCUCCUCCUUAGUCUCAGCAAAACUCAGCAGGAAGCAACAUGGAGGCAAAGCUAAAACUAGCUGGUUCUGGAGCCACCUACUGUUGAUCUCCCACUUCUAAAGGCCCUGCCCUAUGUGCAGCGGGAGAGAGGGGCUGCUGCUUCUACUCCUAAUACCCUACUUUCAAUAGGGUGAAUAAAUCCAAUCCCACUCAGGGUUUUUGCCUACCUGGCACAGCAUUCCAUUCCUCCUUCCUUGCAUUCACAUCGCAUGCACUCAGCUGUAUUCCAGGCAGUUCCCAAUGGAUGCUGGCUCCCGUCAUAUAUAUCCGUACACUCACUUGGACGCAGGAGUUCACCUGGGGUGGGGGAGAAGAAAUCCCACCAAUCUCCUUGGCAAUAGCAUCAACCUCCAAGUAUCAAUGAAACCCAGGAAAUGUAAUUACCCAGGAAAUGUACGGUAAUUGCACACUUUGCACAAGGUCAAACCUUUUCCCCCUUUCAGAUGCACCCCACUAAACACCUGAUAGGCAAAAGGGAAUCAGAUUGUGGGGUUCUAAACACAGCGUAUACACUUCCUUGCAAUGUGAUGCAAUCACUUACUAGCUAUUUUUUAUAUAUAACAUGCUCUCAGUGUCGGGAAUCCCCUGGACACCAGGGAAUUUUAAGGCAAGGGAAAUGGGUUUCAUGAAAGAAGGCUUAUGUCACCAGGAAUCUACAUAAUAGCUCCCACAUUCCCAGGCUUAACCUGUGAAACAGAUACUGUCAUGGAAUGCAUGAAGGACACUUGCUAGAGAAAUAAGACGAGCUUCUUUGUUUGAAAAGGAAACAAGAAAGAAACUUUCCGCUGCUUCCUUUAUGGAGCUGUUGUUGCUUUUUUAUCAUGUUAGCAUCAAACAGGGAAACCAGACACAAGAUAACUGUAUUCAAAAUGAUGCCUGUUGCACAAAUAUCUCACAUGCUCCUUUGUUUGCCCCAUGUGAGGGAGCAUGGAGCCUCAUGAGGAGAAUCCUCAGGCCUCCGUGGGGCUGAGACACGCAGGUGCAUUCACAGAGCCGUGUUUCCAAGAUGAUGUGCGCAUGUGCAAAUGGCAGUGGCCUCAGACACAGGCAAUCCUGCCAGGGCCACUGAGCAUCUGAACCAGGCCAUAGUCACAAAGAGACAUGGGGAUAAUAUCUGGCACCUUAAAGAAUUGUGCAGGGGGGACCUCAUCCAUCUCCCACUCUUGCCUUACUGGUCAAGGUUCCACCAAGCCUCUCCACCUACCAGCAGGCAAUGGAACGACCAAAAUAAAGUGAUCUAUGGGGGAAAAGAGAGACUUGGAGAUAGGAACUCCUACUGAUGUCCAUAGGAUUUUUUUCAAGAGAAAGAUGAGAGCAAAGCAAAUACUCCAAAUAAAAUAAAUAACUGAAAGGUGGGAGUAGGUAAGCUUUUCACUUUUUUAAAAAUGAUGAGAAUAGCACCUGCAUAUCAUUUUAUUUUAUUUUUUAUUUUGUUUCUAUCUCAUCCUUUCUCCAAAAGGACCCCAGCAAGCAAUAAAAUGAUUAAUACAUCUGCGAACAUUUUGAUCUCAGUUUCUACAAAUGCUAAAAACUUGCACGCGCUCUCUCUCUAAAUAAAUAAAUAAAAUGAACUCUGCAGAUUGAAGAGCCAGAGGGGCAAUGGCCCUGGGCACAGGUUUCUGAAGGGGUGUGAAGCAGGUGCCCCAAUGCAGGCCCCCCAGCAUGCCAUGGCUGUUGUGCCCUUCUUGUGCCGCCCUCCCUCGAUCCGAGCUUUGCAAGGCUGCUCAGGGAGGGGGUGCGGGGACGCGGCAACCAUGCGCCCUUCAAUCCCAGCCUUGUGUGAGCCUCACAAGGUUCGGAGCUGGGGAGGGGGGUGCAACAGCCAUGCCACUUGGGGCUGGUGUCACUCUGGUGGGGGCUGGGUGGGCUUCAUUUGUCCUUCACCCCUCGCUCCCCCCCCAUGCCUGCACUGGGUGGCAUGGAGUGCUGUUCAGAGGGACACUGCCUCUGACCUUGGCACAUUCAAGGGCAUCUCUUUAUCAACAGGAAACCAUCUAACACAGGGGUAGGCAACCUAAGGUCCGGGGACUGGAUGCGGCCCAAUUGCCUUCUCACUCCGGCCCGUGGAUGGUCCAGGAACCAGCGUCUUUUUACAUGAGUAGAAUGUGUCCUUUUAUUUGAAAUGAAUCUCUGGGUUAUUUGUGGGGCAUAGGAAUUCGUUCAUAUUUUUUUUCAAAAUACAGUCCGGCCCACCACAUGGUCUGAGGGAUGGUGGACCGGCCCACGGCUGAAAAAGUUUGCUGACCCCUGAUCUAACAGUUUGCUCCUCUAAAGAGAUAUCAAUGAGUGGCCACUAAUGGAUCACAAAAAAGAGGAAAGACAUUACUAACAGAGGGCACAGAUUUGCACAAACUUUGCACCUGCUAUUGUAUAUGUAUAGGUGCAAUGUAUAUGUAUGGCUAACCGGUUGGCUUCCUAGGUGCUCAUUGUUGGUGAGCAACUUCAGGGCCCCUGCUCUAAUUUUUCUUUGAACUGAUCUUGGACCAGCCAUUCCUUCCAAAAGAGGGCUUCUUCAUCUAGAGAACUGCCCCUGACCCCCUCCAGAUAGAGGACUGUCUUUACUAAAUUGACCACCCCACAUGGGCCCUUAAGGACCACUGGCCAGCAAUCUCCCUAACAAAUGGAACGGGUAGUCACCCACUGUAGCCUUACCAUUUCUAACCCUUAUUUUAUGCACUUCUUGGAAGCAGAAUCCACAGCAGGAAGCCAGGCUGAAACAGAGGACAGUCAGGCUGAGGAGAUCUUUCUGAAAAACAAGCAGAAGGAGGAGGAACUUCAGCUCCACUGAGAUGCACAAAAAGGCAUCUCACUCAAUGGCAGGGGCAGACUUUAGGAAUAUGGCGCUCUGAGCGAGGACAAAAUUUAGUGCCCCAAAGAUUCAUUUGGCACCCUUCUGCCUCCCGCCUUCCAUUCAGCGCAUGCUCUCAAGUGCAUUAUGUCAUAGUUGUGGUGACUCAAUAACCCAGGGUUUAACUUUGAGUAGGUACCCGUAGAAGUAUAGGUUUUAUUAUUAAUACCUGGAUGGGGGAACCGCCUACACCACCCUCAUUCUGGCACUGUCAAUGAGCUACCCAAGAAACAAGAGUUGAGCUAUACUGUGGUUGUGUCUUUUUUCCAGCGUCAAAGACAGUUUGGGAUCAUUGGCUAGAGCAGAGGUUUUCAAUCUUUUGAGUCCACAGCUCCCUUGACCAACUACAUUCUUUCUGUAGACUACUGUGGGGCUCAGGAGCCCAGUUGUGUCACCUCUUGCCUGCAGAGCCGGCAGCCCCUCUCCCUCCCUUGUGGAGGGUUCCAUCAGCCUCCUCUCUUCUCCCCUCUCCUUGGGAGUCCUCUGGGCAGUCACUGCUGCCACUCCAGGUCUCUGAACUGUCCCCACUCCGGCCCCCAAACUGGGCCUCUGCAAACUUGUGUUGAGGCUAAUACUGAGAGACUGAGCAUUUUUUUAAAAUGGCACAGAAUUACCACUCCAAAAUACCCAGAAUCUGUGUUGGGUGUGUUUGUGACUCCCCUCCCAAGAAAAAAGGAAUUCUGCACUCAGAAAUGUUAUGCUAGUUAACUUGAUUUGUAAAGGUUUUCAGAAGCCUACUUCUAAAAUCUAGUUUUUAUUAAAAAAAACCAAACCAAUUCCCUGCAAAGUUCCAAAGAAACCAUCAGGAAACCAUGAAAGGUCUGCAGGCACAGGAUGAACGCAGGGCAGACAGUAGAUGGUCCAAAGGUCAAAGAGGACAAGAGCACCUUAUCCUUUCGCUGCUGAUCCGUGUAAAUCUGCCUUUCCACUGCAACUUUUCCAGCAUUUUACAAGAUCCAGUUGUAAGAAACUGUUGGAUACACUAACACAUAAAACCAUAAUUUGUUGAAAGGCACUCAGAGUGGCUGGGACAAUCCAGAUGGGUGGCAUAUUAUUAUUAUUAUUAUUAUUAUUAUUAUUAUUAUUACAAUUCUGCUUACCAUCCUGGCUUUUCGAUGCACAAAUCCUUCCGGCUAAGACACAGCUGCUUCUCCAAGGGCUGUUCCUUGCAAGUGACUGCAGGGAAUCUGCCUCCCAAAUGUAUGCAGAUAUGGGGCCAGAGAUUAAGCUGAGGAGAUGCCCUCUUCAUGUUGCAGUUCUGGUGUACUAAUGUGUCCAAAAAAAAAAAAGUUAACGAGAAGAAAAUAUUUGCUUCAGACUUUAGUUUGUGUUCAUUUUGAAGAAUGGCAACAGAAGCAUCUUCAGGAAUAUUUGAAACAGAGCUUUGAGCAACAGUCUUUAAAACUCCUCCAGCUUAUUUAUGGGCAGAGAAAGUGGGAUUUCAUUGAAUUUCCCCAGGGAGAGGACAAAAUGUCCAGCAUGUCUUACCAUUAGCAGAAGUAGGAUCACAGCUUCUUUGUUUUUCCUUCCUACGGUUUGCAGCAGUGGCAACUCUCUUGGAAGCCUGGGCAUCCUUCUGCGUCAUCCCAAAGGGUGGGAGAAGUGUUGAGGCCAUUUCACUUCCCCUGCUUGGGCUGCCUUUUGAAAAAGUGGGAGACCUGAAAGGUAUCAUUCCCAUUUGCCUUCUCUUUGCUUUGCUGCUUAACAAAAGGGGCAGGAGACAUUCUCUUGUAGGCAGGGGCUUUUGAAAAGCAGGGAGGGGUGCCAGGGCUGGUUUGCCACAUCCUGGCCAGGCAGCUGCUCUAGCCAUACAGGAGUUUUUGGAAAGGGGUGUAUAUGUCAUGCUCGCUGCUCUAAUUGUUCAGUUUUGCUGCCUGCCAGCCACAUGCGGGAGUGACAGGCGGCUACUUUCCUUUUUUUAAAAAAAGGGUUUGUUUGGAUGGAGAAAAGUGCAGGAAUUGCCUGUUGCUUGUGUUGCUGUGUGCCAGCCUUAAAGGGCUCAGGAUCACAAUACCAAGGACUGACUCUCUCCUACCGGUCAGGGGCUGGACUAAGGAGGAAUGGUGGGGACCCCCCCUUCUCCUGAACCAACCUGAGAACAGGAGGGCAGUAUAGAUUUAGAACAGUGGUUUGCAGAAGGGCAUAACCGAGAGGCUGCAGAGGGGAGAAGCUGGGAAAUAUUGGGAGAGGAAGAGCAGAAGAAGCAGCAGCACCAGGGGAGAGAAAGCUGACAGACUCCGUGUCCUUGGAAAGGAUUCCUGAUCAGCCCCCCUUCCAGGGCCAGGUGGGCAUCGAGGGUAGCAGAACAGAGAGCUCAGAAUCAGACAGCUCAGAUAAGCCGAUGCAGGAGUGACGUAGAAUAGGGGAGACCUGGAGGGGAGGGGACUUUACUUGGAGCAAUGCCAUUAUUUAGGGAAGACUGCAUGCCUUUGUCACGCUUUGUGAAUUAUUGAAUAAAUUGCUUGGUAAGAACUUUCAUCCUUUCUCUGCCUCUUGGCUGCCACCGUGGGAGGGGUCUGAUCCUCCAAAGCCUGACACUACCCGGACCCUACAAUCAUCUUCUGAGGCCCUUCUUCAUGUGCCUCCUUCCCAAGAGGUCCAGUGGGUGGGAGAGUCAUAGAAUCAUAGAGUUGGAAUAGACCACAAGGGCCAUCGAGUCCAACCCCUGCCAAGCAGGAAACACCAUCAGAGCACUCCUGACAUAUGGUUGUCAAGCCUCUGCUUAAAGACCUCCAAAGAAAGAGACUCCACCACACUCCUUGGCAGCAAAUUCCACUGUCGAACAGCUCUUACUGUCAGGAAGUUCUUCCUAAUGUUUAGGUAGAAUCUUCUUUCUUGUAGUUUGGAUCCAUUGCUCCGUGUCCGCUUCUCUGGAGCAGCAGAAAACAACCUUUCUCCCUCCUCUAUGUGACAUCCUUUUAUAUAUUUGAACAUGGCUAUCAUAGCACCCCUUAACCUCCUCUUCUCCAGGCUAAACAUGCCCAGCUCCCUUAGCCGUUCCUCAUAAGGCAUCGUUUCCAGACCUUUGACCAUUUUGUUUUUGUUUUUUUAAAUGAUAUUUAUUGAAAAAAUUUUAGAAUUACAAAAGAGUAUAAAGCAGGAAAAGAAAAAAACCAAAGAAAAAACAAACCACAUCAAACAAUACAAAUUCAAAAAACAAAAAUACACAACAAACACACAAAAACAAAUCCAUCAUUCUCGAAUCCUCAACUUUCAUUACCUUCUUUCUUUGACCUCCUCCUCCUCCCUUUUUUUGUAUCCUAGUUGUUAAUUGUCGCAGCAAAUCCUUUCCAUAUUUCAUAAUAUUCUGUCAUUACAUUACCUUAAUCUAUUUUCCUUUUAUCUUAUAAAGAACCUUAAAACUUAAAACUUAAAUCUUAUUUUUACCAACUUCUCAUAACCAUAAUAUUCUUACCUAAUUCUUUAAACAUUUUUGCUAAAGCCAAGUAAUUUCGUUCCAACAUUUUUCUAACAUUCAUCAAUUUUAUAAAACAAUCCUAGUAAUAAAAAAAAGAUAUAAAAACAAUCCAAUCUUCAUCUAGCGUCCCUUCCUCCUGGUCACGGGUUUUGUCAGUCCUUUUUAUCCCAUUAAUCUAGCGCAUUAACCUGGUAACCUUAUAUCCGAGGCCCUUAAGUCCCUUCCAUGUCCCUUCCGCGGCUCUUCUUCAUAUUCUCCUUUCACUCGUGGGAACUCCAGCUUGGCAAUGUUUUUGACCCUUUUCAACAAAUCAGCCCCUUUUCCAUAGUCCAGACUAAACUCCAUGUGGUAUUUAAAAACAUGUUUCAGAAUCCCUCCAAAAUUAAGAGCCCCCACAGCCCCAAGCACCUCACGGCCCAUUGCCAGACUUGAAAAGUCCAAACAUCCCUGCAUAGGAGUGUCUAUCCAACCCCCCAUUUCCAAACCAGUCCAAACUUUACCUUUCCAAAUCUGGCUUUUUCCAAGUUCAUUUGUCAAAUCCAAAAGCUCAUGUUCCUGCAGGGCCACAGCUCCCUCCAUCUCUGGUGCCCAAGAUUCAGCAACAUCCUCUUCUCUCAUCUGUUCUGUCAGGGCACACUCCUGAUUUAAUUCCUGGGUGGGCUCCAUAUAGUUUCCCACUGCCUGUUCAAAAAUUCUGAUCGCAUCAGUCAUCAAAUCCGUCUUCUCAUUUAAUUGUUCCAGUAGGGCAUUUGUUUUACAGAGAGCACACAACAGAGCUUCUGAAUACAUUGUCCUUCAAGGUCAAAAGUCUAUUCCCGCGAUUGUAAUCUGUAACAGCUGCAAGCUCCCUGGAAUUGGUUACAGUUUCACAGUCUCCCUCUAGGGGGGAAAAUUCUAUUAGUUCUUUCUUUUAAGGACAAAUCUAGCAACAAAGUUUCCUUUUUUCAAAUAUUUUGUCGAUAUUUGUUCCUUUAAAAUGCGAAGGGGAACAAUGGAAUCACUAUAUUUCACUUAUUUUAACUAACUGUCAAAAACGUUUGCCUCUGGUCAAUGAGCUUCAAAAAAAAAGUCAGUCCUGACACCCCGCUCCAGGAUCAAGACGGUGGAAAGUUACUGUACUUUAAACUCACUUCUGCAGGUUUAAACAGUCCGAAAAAAAUCCCCCUUCUUCUCCUGCUUCCGAAGGGGGGCUCAACAAUUUUAAAUGAUGAAAGUUAAUCUUUUAGAAGCGAUUUUCUGAGCUCUAGUUUACCUUGUCUUUGCUUUAAUCUGUCUACAAAGAAACGGAAGGCUGACUUCCUGUUUAGACCUUCCCGUUUCAGUGCCAAAUUGAAGUAAAUUUUUAAGUCCAAUUCCUUUCCGCUCGCAAGUCCUUAUUUAAAAUCCAAUUGUCCGAAAUUUAAGUACUCACGGGUGAUUAUUUUAGAAGCCAAAUUGUCCCAGGAAAAAGGCAGCGCUAUGCGGCUUCGCUCCACGGAAGAAGCAGUUGACUCUCAGCACCACGCCACUUCCCCCUCUUUGCUUCGGAGCCCGUUAGUGGGUUCCUUUGCGGGUUGGGGGGGGCGCUAAGGGUGCCCGCCAAGUCCCAUGGUCACAGGCUUCAUCCGCCUGUGAUUUUUGAAUGGGUCCCCGCUUCGCCGUAGCGGAAAAAACCCGUUUCGUGUGGAGCUAGUCCCUCCAGAUCAGAGGGAGUCCGCCAUUGCCGAUGGCACCACCCCGGAAGUCCUCCCACACCUUUGACCAUUUUGGUUGCCCUCCUCUGGACACGUUCCAGUUUGUCAGUGUCCUUCUUGAACUGUGGUGCCCAGAACUGGACACAGUACUCCAGGUGAGGUCUGACCAGAGCAGAAUACAGUGGCACUAUUACUUCCCUUGAUCUAGAUGCUAUACUCCUAGUGAUGCAGCCCAGAAUUGCAUUGGCUUUUUUAGCUGCCGUGUCACACUGUUGGCUCAUGUCAAGUUUGUGGUCAACCAAGACUCCUAGAUCCUUUUCACAUGUACUGCUCUCAAGCCAGGUGUCCCCCAUCUUGUAUUUGUGCCUCUAAUUUUUCCCCCCAAGUGCAAUGCUUUACAUUUCUCCCUGUUAAAGUUCAUCUUGUUUGUUUUGGCCCAGUGCUCUAAUCUGUCAAGGUUGUUUUGGAGUGUGAUCCUGUCCUCUGGGGUGUUAGCCACCCCUCCCAGUUUGGUGUCAUCUGCAAAUUUGAUCAGGACGCCCUUGAGUCCAUCAUCCAAGUCGUUGAUAAAGAUGUUGAAUAAGACCAGGCCCAAGACAGAACCCUGUGGCACCCCACUAGUCACUCUUCUCCAGGAUGAAGAGGAACCAUUGAUGAGCACCCUUUGGGUUCGGUCAGUCAGCCAGUUACAAAUCCACUGAGUGGAAGCAUAGUCAAGACCGCAUUUUACCAGCUUCUUUACAAGAAUAUCAUGGGGCACCUUGUCAAAUGCCUUGCUGAAAUCAAGGUAGGCUACAUCCACUGCGUUCCCUUCAUCUACCAGGCUUGUAAUUCUGUCAAAAAAUGAGAUCAGGUUAGUCUGACAUGACUUAUUUUUCAGAAAUCCAUGCUGACUAUUGGUGAUCACAGCAUUCCUUUCUAGGUGCUCACAGACUGUUUGCUUAAUGAUCUGCUCCAGAAUCUUCUCUGGUAUUGAUGUCAGACUGACUGGGCGGUAAUUAUUUGGGUCCUCUCUUUUCCCCUUUUUGAAAAUAGGGACAACAUUUGCCCUCCUCCAGCCUGCCGGGACUUCGCCUGUUCUCCAGGAAUUCUCAAAGAUGACUGCCAGUGGUUCUGAGAUCACAUCUGCCAGUUCUUUUAAUACUCUUGGAUGCAGUUCAUCUGGCCCUGGAGACUUGAAUACAUCUAAACUAGCCAAGUAUUCUUGUACUAUCUCCUUAGUUAUUCUGGGCUGUGUUUCCUUUGCUGAAUCAUUUGCUCCAAAUUCUUCAGGUCGGGCAUUGUUUCUUUAUCGGAGAAGACUGAGGCAAAUAAGGCAUUGAGGAGUUCAGCCCUUUCUGUGUCCCCUGUUUGCAUUUCACCAUCUUCUCCUCUGAGCGACCCCACUGUUUCUUUGUUCUUCCUUUUGCUACGGUCAUACCCAUAAAAGCCUUUUUUGUUGCUUUUAACCUCUCUAGCAAGCCUGAGUUCAUUCUGUGCUUUAGCUUUUCUGACUUUGUGUCUACACGUGCUGGUUAUUUGUUUGAAUUCCUCUUUGGUGGUUUCCCCCCUUUUCCAUUUUUUGUACACAUCCUUUUUUAAUCUUAACUCAGUUAAAAGUUCUUUAGAUAGCCACCCUGGCUUCUUUAGGCACCUUCCAUGUUUCCGUCUCAUUGGUAUUGCCUGAAGUUGUGGUUUUACUAUCUCCCUCUUAACAAACUCCCAGCCAUCAUGAACUCCCUUUCCUUUUAGUAUUACUGUCCAUGGGAUCUCACCCAGCACUUCCCUAAGUUUUAUGAAGUCGGCUUUCUUAAAGUCAAGAAAUUGAGUCCUAGUAUGCUUGGCUGCUCCUUUCCACUAUAUAGUAAACUUCAGAAGAGCAUGAUCACUCGCGCCUAAUGAUCCUUCCACUUCUACCCCACUAACCAGGUCAUCAACAUUGGUUAGGACCAGAUCUAAAAUGGCUGUUCCUCUUGUUGCUUCUCCCACUUUCUGGACAAUGAAGUUGUCUGCAAGGCCAGUGAGGAAUCUGUUUGACCUUAUGCUCUUGGCUGAGUUUGACAUCCAACAAAUAUCCAGGUAAUUGAAGUCCCCUAUUACUACUAUCUCCCUUCCUUUUGCAUGCUUGGCCAUCUGUUCCAGGAAGGCAUCAUCUAUGUCCUCCAUUUGGCUUGGGGAUCUAUAGUAAACUCCCACAAUGAGGUCUCUGUUAUUCUUCUCUCCCUUAAUUUUGACCCAAAUGCUCUCACUUUGGCUUUGAGGUUCUAAAUCUUGGAUCUCUUCACAGGUAUACACAUCCCUGACAUAUAACGCCACUCCUCCUCCUUUCUUGAGAGGUAGUUUUCCUUUUUCUUUUCUUUUUCUCUUCCUGUUUUUAGUAUGUAUUUUGUGUUUUUAUUUCGUAUUUUUAUGCUGCCAACCACCCUGAGAUCUUUGGGUGGAGGGCAGUAUACAAAUAUAAUAAAAAUAAAUGUUAAAAGGUGAGUCUCUAACCCUUCUAGGCAGAAGGUUAUGAAGCAUAAUGUGCAUGUUCUAAGCAACUUCUGUUAAAUGAGCCAGCCUGGCCACUCCUGUCUGUCAGGGGGUUCAGCCCUGAUUGUGAUUGGUGAGUGACUUGUAUCGGAUCCAAUACAAAAGAAAAAAGUCACAAUAAUUUUAAAAUAAACAGUGUAUAUCAAAUUGAGCAAUAUUUAAUAAUCCAUUAGAAUCUAAAAAGCUGCUGAUAGCUGAGAUAGGCAUGUCCAUCACUUUCAUUAUGAUAUGUACCAAAUUCUGCAAGUAGUGAUAUCAAGCAAAGACAACAGAUACACACUGAAAUGCAUAUAUGACUGAUUUAUUCAGAUUCUUUUACAUGAAAGGAAUUUGGGUGGGAUUUGUAAAGCUCAGGGACAGGGCUUGGAGGGAUCAUCAAGUUUAUAGAACUCAUAUUCACAUUUGUUUGGAUUGAACAGUGUUUUACAUCCCUGACGUUCGAUAUGACCAAAGUACCUAAAAAGAAGAAGAAGAAGAAUGUGUAAACAAAGGCUUCCCUGAGCUUAUGGAGAUCUUGUAGAGGAGCGCUCCUUUCUCCUGCUCACUUAGGACAUGCCAAGAAUGAUUGGAACUGCCUGGCAGAAAAGCAGUUUUGCAAGAUGUUUGCUCCAUCCAGGGAAAACCAAGCCCUUGGAAAACAUUUGGCCUGAGGCCAAAUUCACCUGGGGAACCCAAGCUGAAUGCACAAAGGACAUGUCUUGCACAAUAUGCCAUUGCAUGUUGCUGUACGAUGAUUUCCCCCCCCCCCCAAUAUGUUUGCGGUGGUUGAGGGCAGCACCCAUGCACAAAAAAGGGUGUAGCAAAAUGUUGGUGCAAAACCAAGAGGCCAGCCAGGAGGGAGACAGAAGGAGACAGGAAGGUGCAGGAAAGAGGAGGGGUCCUGUUCCAUUGGGCGCAUCGGGGUCCCUCUCCCCAGCACCAGCUCCUAGGUGGUCUCCGGAUGAGAGGAUCUGGGACUCAGGGAGAUCCCAAAGUCCAAGCUUCCGCACACCGAAUGCCUGGUCAUCGCAUGAUUGGAAAGGCACUCUGGACAUGCAACCUAUCAGAUGUAAAGAUUAAUUGGGACACCCGUCUUCAGCUCAUUCCGUCCAUGAAUUUUAAUUGAGCAGAAGGUCUUUCAGAGAGAACGGGGCAAAAUAAUUUGAAAUAGAUUUAUAGACCCAGUGCCAUUCUGGGUAUUUGGCCUACCUGGCACAGCACGCCAUUCCCAUUUCAUUACAUAUGCAUUCCAUGCAAUUCGGUGUAUUCCACUUGGAGCCGAAUGGAUGCUUGCUCCCAUCAAUGGGAUCAGUACACUCAGUGGGCAGCACCGGCUGACCUAGGGAGAGAAAUCCUAUACAUUUAACAUCAGCCCCCAAACAGCUCGUGAAAUCAGAAGCUGCUGCUCAGCACAAUGCAGAGACUGUGCAAGAGAAGCACAGUGGCUGCAACUUGUCCACUUGUCCAGCUCCUCCUGUGCUUCUGACAGCAGCCUGAUACGUGAAAAUGUAGUAGGUAAAGUGUUUCCUGACAUGGAGUGGAGUGGGAAGCUUUGCCACCUUUAUUCUUGCAUGUCCUGGUUGCUGACAAGAAAGGUAGUGACCCUGGACGUCUGUCUUGCUUAUACUGCGGCCAUGCAGUCUCCUGCUUGCGUCUGCAGAUGGUGGUUCCAAGCUUAAAACAGGGUGGGAGUGAAUGGGGUGCCCUGGGGAUGGGGAUUUUGGCCGUUUCAAUUUCUACCAGUUAUUAUUAUUAUUAUUACUAUUUAUAUACCAUCCUCAGGGCAGUUCACAACCUAAAAAUACAAUAUAAAGAACACAAAAUACAUAAUAAAAGUAAGAGCUUAAGCAGGGACUCAUCAAUGAGAAGAUGAGACGGGAGCAGCGUCAGGUCAUUUUAGACUCUGAGCAGCAUCACAACAUCCAAAGAAGUGUAGAUUUUGAAGGUAGCUGCACUUUGUUCUGUGUUCUGGUUCUGCAAGAGCAGAUUUGGUAGGUGUAUGCUAAAAAAUCUCUAGUCAGGAACACAUUUCCCAAACAUUAAAUACUGAUUUGGCUAAAUGAAUAGGCUGCUUGACAACAUCAUUUCUUGUUGUUGUUGCUGCUGUUGUUGUUGCUGCUGCUGUUAUUAACUUACCAUCUUUAAUCUCUGCUUUGAACCCGCUAAACAUGCAGGAUCCCUGACACAAGGCAGGUGUCAAAGACAAGGCAGCCAGGCUCAAGAGGAUUUUCUGCAAAAGAGGCACACACAUGCACAAAUCAUUCAAGAUGGUGUUAUCAUAUUUAUAGCCUCUCUUGCUGUUAAAAAAUGCAUUGUAUGUGACUAAAUUUUAGUCAGAGCAGAGCCAAUGAAAUUAAUGUGCCUAAGUUAGUCUAAAGCACAGAGCCUAGGGCUUGCCGAUCAAAAGGUUGGCGGUUCGAAUCCCCGCAACGGGGUGAGCUCCCGUUGCUUGGUCCCUGCUCCUGCCAACCUAGCAGUUCGAAAGCACGUCAAAGUGCAAGUAGAUAAAUAGGUACCGCUCUGGUGGGAAGGUAAACGGCAUUUCUGUGCGCUGCUCUGGUUCUCCAGAAGCGGCUUAGUCAUGCUGGCCACAUGACCCGGAAGCUGUACGCCAGCUCCCUCGGCCAAUAAAGCGAGAUGAGCACCGCAACCCCAGAGUCGGUCACGACUGGACCUAAUGGUCAGGGGUCCCUUUACCCUUUUAGUUAGUCUUGUCCAUCAAUUUCAAUGGAUCUACUCUGGGUAUGAUUCGCACUGGAUUCAACCCAAGGCCUUUGAAAAAUUCCCUCUACAUUAAGCUUAUACACUUCAGUAGCUGAGUUGGGUCAUUUUAUACUUAGUGGGAUUUUUUAUAAAGUAAACUGCCCUCCCCCACAAAUCCCAUAGCAUUCAAUACCUCAGAAACAUCGAUUUUGUUUAUAUAUCUGUUCUCAAAGUCCAUCAGUUUUGGAUUCUGAGCCACAGCAAAGAGAGGAGCGUUCAGAGAUAAAUGACUAUUUACAUUAAAGCACAGGGUGAUGCUCAGGUUGGCCAAGAAAAUGCCUUUGGCCAAUUCCCCCGGCCAAUUUCCUGACAAAUGCAGGAAAGAAAACAGUCAGAGGGAAGCUCAGGCUAUGUGGUUUGUACCCUGGAGUUGUUGCUGUGAGAGUUCCAACUGUAGGUCAUUGUAAUGAGUCCUAAGUAAUUAACCUGAGCAGCGGGGUUGCACUGGAAUUUAUAUAAAAAAAGUUUCACUACCCCAGCUAAAGAUAACUAAAUAAUGUUGUGAGCACUGGUCUGAAUGGGGGUCUGGAUAGAGAGAAGGCAUAACCUCCAAAUGCUCUGAUUUUCCAGGGACAGUUCCAGAAUUACAAAAGCCAUCCCGGCUUUGGAUUUGAUCCCCAAAUGUGAGCUCUAAAGCUAUAAAGCAGGGUCAGCAAUAUUUUUCAGCCGUGGGCCGGUCCACCGUCCCUCAGAGCAUGUGGUGGGCUGGACUAUAUUUUUGGGGGAAAUAUGAACGAAUUCCUAUGCCCCUCAAAUAACCCAGAGUUGCAUUUUAAAUAAAAGGAAACAUUCUACUCAUGUAAAUACACACUGAUUCCCAGAUCGUCCGCGGGUCGGAUUGAGAAGGCGAUUGGGCCGCAUCCAGUCUUAGGUUGCCUACCCCUGCUAAAAAGCACAGACUGUGCCUGGAAAAAGCAGAGGAAAAGUAAGGGUGGAUAAGCCUCCAGAUAAGCCUGGAGUCUGAGAAAGCCUCAGCAACUGAGAUACUCAAUCCUCAUAAUUCUGAAUGCCUUUGCACACCCCCUCUCCACACACAAAUCUCCCUUUCCACCAUUUAAACCUAAUCUAGAAUAAAGAAAAAAUUGUGUACCAACCGUCCCCAAAGCAUUCCACUUACCAUCUUGGUUUUUCAAUGAGUUGCUGGCAAACUCUUAUUGGGGCGUGGAGGAAAGAGCUCUGGUGUCCUUCCUGUAAGUCUGUGGAGUAUCCCAUGCCCCCUUUUAUACAAAUGGGAAGGAGGAGGGGCAAAAUGAGAGGGAUGGAGGUCCUAACGGGGGAAGGAAAUGCUUGCCAGGAAGGAAACAUUUGCUUCUGAUGACAUAAAUGUUUACAAGAACAGCCUGGAGAGUUCUACGUCUUCCGGAGAUAUUCACUGAUAAGUGCAGAUCAGAACCAGAACCGGGAACAGGAAAAUCAUGUUAAAUGUUAUUAGACCAGGAUAGGGUUGAGUUCUGCAAGAGAUAUGGCUCUAGAUAUUUGUCUUUACAGCCUCACCUCAAGAAGGAUACUGUCAAAAAAGGCCAGCAAAAUGAACAAGGGGGUGGAGCAAAGUGGAGAAAGUAAAGUUUUUAUCUCUCAUAAGAGUAGAACUUGUGGACAUCUCCUGCGUUGCCAGGAGAGAGUUGGCCAGGUCACCGGAGGGACUGACCAGCCCACACAACAGUGGGCAGAACUUGCCUGGGAGUUCUCAGUCGGCUCCAGAGCUUCUCCCACCCUGCCCUCCCUCAGUUAAGACUUCUUUUGCAGGUUAACCUCUUCUCCACAGGUACGCAGGCGCUGCUACGUUAUGGUCGCUGUUGAAGGGCUGGAAAGGAAUUUUCCUGCAUUGGCAGAUUUUGCCUUCCCCAUAGCAAAACGUCACAACUUUGGCGGUUUCAGGCCUUGGGCGGAAUCCUUUAGUCUGUCUUCCCUAAAUGGGGGGGGGGGGCGAAGCGGUGACCCACACCGCCACCCCUGCAGCAGCGAUCCCAGGGUUCCCCAUUAAAGGGGUUCUUUUGAGGGGAGGCAUUGGCCAUACGCCGUUAGGUUGUCAUUGCUCUCCUCCUGCCACGGUGUCGAAAUGGGGGGCAGAACAGACAUUCUCCAGAGCCAGCCCAAUCCCCACAUUUUCUGGAUAACCCUGAUGUUCCCCAGAUCCCUGGCCAGGGACUGGGAGGGAUAAAUACCCAAUGCCUAAGCCAAGGUCUCCCUACAGCUGAAGUUUUAAUAAACUUGCCUGGGAAGAGGGAUUGAUUGUUAAACUACUCUGGAAGUGUAGCUCGCUACUUGUAAAAAGGUAAAAGGACCCCUGACAGUUAAGUCUAGUGAACGACUCUGGCUUUACUGGCCGAGGGAGCUGACCUUUGUCCACAAACAGUUUUUCCGGGUCAUGUGGCCAGCAUGACUAAGCCACUUCCGGCGAAACCAGAGCAGUGCAUGGAAGCGCCGUUUACCUUCCCGCUGGAAUGAUACCUAUUUAUCUCCUUGCACGUUGACGUGCUUUCGAACUGCUAGGUGGGCAGGAGCUGGCACCAAGCAACAGGAGCUCACCCCGUUGCAGGGAUUUGAACCUCUGACCUUCCGAUCGGCAAGCCCAAGGCUCACUGGCUUACACCACAGCGCUACCCACGUACAUCUCCCAAAAUAUUGCUGAGGAAUUCACUUCCGUGGGGCUCCAAGGAAGUGGUGAUUUCUGCCUCGGCACAGCCGUAAUCUGGUCCUGGGGGGCCAUGUUUUCCUCCCUGUGUGGCCCUUGGUGCCUCUCCCUUCUUGCUAAAAAGCCCCUGACCGCAAGGUUGCUAAAGAUGCCUGAUGACUGAAGCAUGAACAAACACAAAUUUCUUCAGAAACAGAUUACCUGGGAAGGUGGGACUGGCCUUUCUUGGAAGUUUUAGAACCGAGACUAGAUGGCCUGGUAUUCUUUAGCUGUGCCCUCCAGAGUGGGAGAGGCAGUUGCUUUCAGGACCAGUUACACACACACACACACACACACACACACACACACACACACACACACAGACAGACAGACAGACACACAGUUAAAGAGGCCUCUGUGCAUAAAAGAAUAAACAUGCAGCCUAAAUGGGUUCUAUACAGAGAUCUAUUCAGCUUUCAGGAAAAUGCAUGUAAGCUUAAAAAGUUCAACAAAAUUUGAAACUUAGUGAGCAACUAAGAUGUGCAGAUGGUUUCUAUCUACAAAGAACUAGCUCAAAUGUAUAAGAAUGUAUCAAAGAAAUGUUGCAAAUGCAAGAACUGUGAGGGAUCAUUUUAUCAAAUGCGGUGGAUCUGCAGGAAGACCAAGGCCUUUUGGGACAUGAUACAUAAUGGGGGGGGGGGGAUGAACUGACCUUUCCCAAGAGGCCAGAAUUCUUCCUGCUGGGGAUGUUAGAAAGCAAAAUUCCAAAGAAAGCCUCAGCUGUAUUUAUGUAUGUAACUACAGUGGCAAGGAUUCUCUACGUAUAGAAAUGGAAGGAUAAGAGGAUACCCUCAAAGGAAGAAUGGCUGAUGGAAAUCCUGGAAUAUGCAGAGAGGGCAAAACUGAGGCAAUGAUUAGAGACACAAAUUGAGAAUCUUUUAAGGAGGACUGCUUAAGGCAGACAUGGCCACACUCGGCCCUCCAGAUGUUUUGGGACUACAAUUCCCACCAUCCCUGAUGACUGGUCCUGUUAGCUAGGGAUGACCUUUCACACGACUGAUCUUGCGCCGCAUGCCUGCCGCUCACCAAAGCUGGGAGGAGGGGGAGUGACAGGAAAGAGGGAGAGACAGAAAGAGAACAUGCCUAUCUAGCGACGGGAGUGUGCGCAGGCUCCGGAACCUUCCCAAGAAGAACUCAUAUAUGUGUGCUCACAAGGGCCCUCCCAGCUCUUCUAGAAAGAAGGUUGCUCCCACAAUGAAAGGCUGCCCGAGACGGCUCUCCCACGCAUGCGCACAAUGCCCGCCCGUCUCAUCUUCCAGACACCUCCCUACGACUGUAAGCGCAUGCCUGGAGUCUUUACACUUUACAAGUGUUCUUUGUCUUCUUUAGAAAAGCUGGUUUUAAACAAACAACACAAAAAAGCCCUCCUUUUGGAGCUGCGCAGGUGUGAGCGCUAUUUAUCAAAUGAUAAUAGUGACACAAGCAUAAUAAAAGUUAAUUUGGGAGCUAAACUAAAUUUGGGGGCGCUGGGCGGAUCUUUGCACCCCCGUGGAGCCUAUGCUAAAGACGGCCUUAUAGCUCAGUCUGUAGUCAAUUUAAGAGGUUCUUUCCCAUACGAGAAGACCAUAGCAGGGGUUGAAGUGUAAGAAAAGAGCAGAACAUAUUAAGAAACAUGCUAAAGAGGAUGAAAUUGGAUAAUUGGGUGAAUAAGCAUCAAUGUUGGGUGAGCGGGAAUCACUAGUUUUGUUGAAUUGGAAAAUAACUGUUAACAAAAUGUAGGAAAACAAAUUUAUAUAGUGAGAUAGUCGCCUUUGGCUGGACUGGACAGGGGUCCUUUACGUGUGUGUGUGUGUGUGUGUGUGUGUGUGUGUGUGUGUGUUCAAAGCAUCAAAUCAUCCUUUGCUCAUAUUAAUAGGCUGCUUGACAAUGUUGCCAUUUUUUAUCUCUGCUUUGAAGGGGCCAAGGAAGCAAAACCCAUGGGGCAAAACAAUCAGUGGUAGGAUGACUUUCUGAAAGAGGCAAAAGAGAAGGAAAAUCAGCAGAUGACUAUAACAAUUCUGGGUCUAUCAAGAUCUUGAGAUCAUUUGUUUGCUCAUUUAGCUGUGUUUUUAAAUUAAGCCAUAAAAUUAAGCUGAUUGCCAUUUUAAUGAACUGUGUCAGAAACAAAACCGGCUUCUUUAUCUGCUUUUGUAAUCAGGGAAACUGAUGGGAGUUGCAGUCCAGUGACAUCUGGAGGAGGAACUUCAGCUCCACUGAGAUGCACAAAAAGGCAUCUCACUCAAUGGCAGGGGCAGACUUUAGGAAUAUGGCGCUCUGAGCGAGGACAAAAUUUAGUGCCCCAAAGAUUCAUUUGGCACCCUUCUGCCUCCCGCCUUCCAUUCAGCGCAUGCUCUCAAGUGCAUUAUGUCAUAGUUGUGGUGACUCAAUAACCCAGGGUUUAACUUUGAGUAGGUACCCGUAGAAGUAUAGGUUUUAUUAUUAAUACCUGGAUGGGGGAACCGCCUACACCACCCUCAUUCUGGCACUGUCAAUGAGCUACCCAAGAAACAAGAGUUGAGCUAUACUGUGGUUGUGUCUUUUUUCCAGCGUCAAAGACAGUUUGGGAUCAUUGGCUAGAGCAGAGGUUUUCAAUCUUUUUGAGUCCACAGCUCCCUUGACCAACUACAUUCUUUCUGUAGACUACUGUGGGGCUCAGGAGCCCAGUUGUGUCACCUCUUGCCUGCAGAGCCGGCAGCCCCUCUCCCUCCCUUGUGGAGGGUUCCAUCAGCCUCCUCUCUUCUCCCCUCUCCUUGGGAGUCCUCUGGGCAGUCACUGCUGCCACUCCAGGUCUCUGAACUGUCCCCACUCCGGCCCCCAAACUGGGCCUCUGCAAACUUGUGUUGAGGCUAAUACUGAGAGACUGAGCAUUUUUUUAAAAUGGCACAGAAUUACCACUCCAAAAUACCCAGAAUCUGUGUUGGGUGUGUUUGUGACUCCUCCCAAGAAAAAAGGAAUUCUGCACUCAGAAAUGUUAUGCUAGUUAACUUGAUUUGUAAAGGUUUUCAGAAGCCUACUUCUAAAAUCUAGUUUUUAUUAAAAAAAACCAAACCAAUUCCCUGCAAAGUUCCAAAGAAACCAUCAGGAAACCAUGAAAGGUCUGCAGGCACAGGAUGAACGCAGGGCAGACAGUAGAUGGUCCAAAGGUCAAAGAGGACAGAGCACCUUAUCCUUUCGCUGCUGAUCCGUGUAAAUCUGCCUUUCCACUGCAACUUUUCCAGCAUUUUACAAGAUCCAGUUGUAAGAAACUGUUGGAUACACUAACACAUAAAACCAUAAUUUGUUGAAAGGCACUCAGAGUGGCUGGGACAAUCCAGAUGGGUGGCAUAUUAUUAUUAUUAUUAUUAUUAUUAUUAUUAUUAUUAUUAUUACAAUUCUGCUUACCAUCCUGGCUUUUCGAUGCACAAAUCCUUCCGGCUAAGACACAGCUGCUUCUCCAAGGGCUGUUCCUUGCAAGUGACUGCAGGGAUCUGCCUCCCAAAUGUAUGCAGAUAUGGGGCCAGAGAUUAAGCUGAGGAGAUGCCCUCUUCAUGUUGCAGUUCUGGUGUACUAAUGUGUCCAAAAAAAAAGUUAACGAGAAGAAAAUAUUUGCUUCAGACUUUAGUUUGUGUUCAUUUUGAAGAAUGGCAACAGAAGCAUCUUCAGGAAUAUUUGAAACAGAGCUUUGAGCAACAGUCUUUAAAACUCCUCCAGCUUAUUUAUGGGCAGAGAAAGUGGGAUUUCAUUGAAUUUCCCCAGGGAGAGGACAAAAUGUCCAGCAUGUCUUACCAUUAGCAGAAGUAGGAUCACAGCUUCUUUGUUUUUCCUUCCUACGGUUUGCAGCAGUGGCAACUCUCUUGGAAGCCUGGGCAUCCUUCUGCGUCAUCCCAAAGAGUGGGAGAAGUGUUGAGGCCAUUUCACUUCCCCUGCUUGGGCUGCCUUUUGAAAAAGUGGGAGACCUGAAAGGUAUCAUUCCCAUUUGCCUUCUCUUUGCUUUGCUGCUUAACAAAAGGGGCAGGAGACAUUCUCUUGUAGGCAGGGGCUUUUGAAAAGCAGGGAGGGGUGCCAGGGCUGGUUUGCCACAUCCUGGCCAGGCAGCUGCUCUAGCCAUACAGGAGUUUUUGGAAAGGGGUGUAUAUGUCAUGCUCGCUGCUCUAAUUGUUCAGUUUUGCUGCCUGCCAGCCACAUGCGGGAGUGACAGGCGGCUACUUUCCUUUUUUUAAAAAAAGGGUUUGUUUGGAUGGAGAAAAGUGCAGGAAUUGCCUGUUGCUUGUGUUGCUGUGUGCCAGCCUUAAAGGGCUCAGGAUCACAAUACCAAGGACUGACUCUCUCCUACCGGUCAGGGGCUGGACUAAGGAGGAAUGGUGGGGACCCCCCCUUCUCCUGAACCAACCUGAGAACAGGAGGGCAGUAUAGAUUUAGAACAGUGGUUUGCAGAAGGGCAUAACCGAGAGGCUGCAGAGGGGAGAAGCUGGGAAAUAUUGGGAGAGGAAGAGCAGAAGAAGCAGCAGCACCAGGGGAGAGAAAGCUGACAGACUCCGUGUCCUUGGAAAGGAUUCCUGAUCAGCCCCCCUUCCAGGGCCAGGUGGGCAUCGAGGGUAGCAGAACAGAGAGCUCAGAAUCAGACAGCUCAGAUAAGCCGAUGCAGGAGUGACGUAGAAUAGGGGAGACCUGGAGGGGAGGGGACUUUACUUGGAGCAAUGCCAUUAUUUAGGGAAGACUGCAUGCCUUUGUCACGCUUUGUGAAUUAUUGAAUAAAUUGCUUGGUAAGAACUUUCAUCCUUUCUCUGCCUCUUGGCUGCCACCGUGGGAGGGGUCUGAUCCUCCAAAGCCUGACACUACCCGGACCCUACAAUCAUCUUCUGAGGCCCUUCUUCAUGUGCCUCCUUCCCAAGAGGUCCAGUGGGUGGGAGAGUCAUAGAAUCAUAGAGUUGGAAUAGACCACAAGGGCCAUCGAGUCCAACCCCCUGCCAAGCAGGAAACACCAUCAGAGCACUCCUGACAUAUGGUUGUCAAGCCUCUGCUUAAAGACCUCCAAAGAAAGAGACUCCACCACACUCCUUGGCAGCAAAUUCCACUGUCGAACAGCUCUUACUGUCAGGAAGUUCUUCCUAAUGUUUAGGUGGAAUCUUCUUUCUUGUAGUUUGGAUCCAUUGCUCCGUGUCCGCUUCUCUGGAGCAGCAGAAAACAACCUUUCUCCCUCCUCUAUGUGACAUCCUUUUAUAUAUUUGAACAUGGCUAUCAUAUCACCCCUUAACCUCCUCUUCUCCAGGCUAAACAUGCCCAGCUCCCUUAGCCGUUCCUCAUAAGGCAUCGUUUCCAGGCCUUUGACCAUUUUGGUUGCCCUCCUCUGGACACGUUCCAGUUUGUCAGUGUCCUUCUUGAACUGUGGUGCCCAGAACUGGACACAGUACUCCAGGUGAGGUCUGACCAGAGCAGAAUACAGUGGCACUAUUACUUCCCUUGAUCUAGAUGCUAUACUCCUAUUGAUGCAGCCCAGAAUUGCAUUGGCCUUUUUAGCUGCCGCGUCACACUGUUGGCUCAUGUCAAGUUUGUGGUCAACCAAGACUCCUAGAUCCUUUUCACAUGUACUGCUCUCAAGCCAGGUGUCCCCCAUCUUGUAUUUGUGCCUCUCAUUUUUUUUGCCCAAGUGCAAUACUUUACAUUUCUCCCUGUUAAAAUUCAUCUUGUUUGUUUUGGCCCAGUUUUCUAAUCUGUCAAGGUCGUUUUGAAGUGUGAUCCUGUCCUCUGGGGUGUUAGCCACCCCUCCCAGUUUGGUGUCAUCUGCAAAUUUGAUCAGGAUGCCCUUGAGUCCAUCAUCCAAGUCGUUGAUAAAGAUGUUGAAUAAGACCGGGCCCAAGACAGAAUCUGUGGCACCCCACUAGUCACUCUUCUCCAGGAUGAAGAGGAACCAUUGAUGAGCACCCUUUGGGUUCGGUCAGUCAGCCAGUUACAAAUCCACUGAGUGGUAGCAUAGUCAAGACCACAUUUUACCAGCUUCUUUACAAGAAUAUCAUGAGGCACCUUGUCAAAUGCCUUGCUGAAAUCAAGGUAGGCUACAUCCACUGCGUUCCCUUCAUCUACCAGGCUUGUAAUUCUGUCAAAAAUGAGAUCAGGUUAGUCUGACAUGACUUAUUUUUCAGAAAUCCAUGCUGACUAUUGGUGAUCACAGCAUUCCUUUCUAGGUGCUCACAGACUGUUUGCUUAAUGAUCUGCUACAGAAUCUUCCCUGGUAUUGAUGUCAGACUGACUGGGCGAUAAUUAUUUGGGUCCUCUCUUUUCCCCUUUUUGUAAAUAGGGACAACAUUUGCCCUCCUCCAGUCUGCCGGGAUUUCGCCUGUUCUCCAGGAAUUCUCAAAGACGACUGCCAGUGGUUCUGAGAUCACAUCUGCCAGUUCUUUUAAUACUCUUGGAUGCAGUUCAUCUGGCCCUGGAGACUUGAAUACAUCUAAAGUAGCCAAGUAUUCUUGUACUAUCUCCUUAGUUAUUCUGGGCUGUGUUUCCUUUGCUGAAUCAUUUGCUCCAAAUUCUUCAGGUCGGGCAGUCUUUAUCGGAGAAGACUGAGGCAAAGAAGGCAUUGAGGAGUUCAGCCCUUUCUGUGUCCCCUGUUUGCAUUUCACCAUCUUCUCCUCUGAGCGACCCCACUGUCUCUUUGUUCUUCCUUUUGCUACGGACAUACCCAUAAAAGCCUUUUUUGUUGCUUUUAACCUCUCUAGCAAGCCUGAGUUCAUUUUGUGCUUUAGCUUUUCUGACUUUGUGUCUACACGUGCUGGCUAUUUGUUUGAAUUCCUCUUUGGUGGUUUCCCCCUUUUCCAUUUUUGUACACAUCCUUUUUAAUCUUAACUCAGUUAAAAGUUCUUUAGAUAGCCACCCUGGCUUCUUUAGGCACCUUCCAUGUUUCCGUCUCAUUGGUAUUGCCUGAAGUUGUGCUUUUACUAUCUCCCUCUUAACAAACUCCCAGCCAUCAUGAACUCCCUUUCCUUUUAGUAUUACUGUCCAUGGGAUCUCACCCAGCACUUCCCUAAGUUUUAUGAAGUCGGCUUUCUUAAAGUCAAGAAAUUGAGUCCUAGUAUGCUUGGCUGCUCCUUUCCACUAUAUAGUAAACUUCAGAAGAGCAUGAUCACUCGCGCCUUAUGAUCCUUCCACUUCUACCCCACUAACCAGGUCAUCAACAUUGGUUAGGACCAGAUCUAAAAUGGCUGUUCCUCUUGUUGCUUCUCCCACUUUCUGGACAAUGAAGUUGUCUGCAAGGCCAGUGAGGAAUCUGUUUGACCUUAUGCUCUUGGCUGAGUUUGACAUCCAACAAAUAUCCAGGUAAUUGAAGUCCCCCAUUACUACUAUCUCCCUUCCUUUUGCAUGCUUGGCCAUCUGUUCCAGGAAGGCAUCAUCUAUGUCCUCCGUUUAGCUUGGGGAUCUAUAGUAAACUCCCACAAUGAGGUCUCUGUUAUUCUUCUCGCCCUUAAUUUUGACCCAAAUGCUCUCACUUUGGCUUUGAGGUUCUAAAUCUUGGAUCUCUUCACAGGUAUACACAUCCCUGACAUAUAACGCCACUCCUCCUCCUUUCUUGAGAGGUAGUUUUCCUUUUUCUUUUCUUUUUCUCUUCCUGUUUUUAGUAUGUAUUUUGUGUUUUUAUUUCGUAUUUUUAUGCUGCCAACCACCCUGAGAUCUUUGGGUGGAGGGCAGUAUACAAAUAUAAUAAAAAUAAAUGUUAAAAGGUGAGUCUCUAACCCUUCUAGGCAGAAGGUUAUGAAGCACAAUGUGCAUGUUCUAAGCAACCUCUGUUAAAUGAGCCAGCCUGGCCACUCCUGUCUGUCAGGGGGUUCAGCCAAGUCAGAAUUGUGAUUGGUGAGUGACUUGUAUCGGAUCCAAUACAAAAAAAAAGUCACAAUAAUUUUAAAAUAAACAGUGUAUAUCAAAUUGAGCAAUAUUUAAUAAUCCAUUAGAAUCUAAAAAGCUGCUGAUAGCUGAGAUAGGCAUGUCCAUCACUUUCAUUAUGAUAUGUACCAAAUUCUGCAAGUAGUGAUAUCAAGCAAAGACAACAGAUACACACAGAAAUGCAUAUAUGACUGAUUUAUUCAGAUUCUUUUACAUGAAAGGAAUUAUGAGGGAUUUGUAAAGCUCAGGGACAGGGUUUGGAGAGAUCAUCCAGUUUAUAGAACUCAUAUUCACAUUUGUUUGGAUUGAACAAUGCUUUACAUCCCUGACGUUCGACAUGAUCAAAGUACCUAAAAAGAAGAAGAAGAAUGUGUAAACAAAGGCUUCCCUGAGCUUAUGGAGAUCUUGUAGAGGAGCGUUCCUUUCUCCUGCUCACUUAGGACAUGCCAAGAAUGACUGGAACUGCCUGGCAGAAAAGCAGUUUUGCAAGAUGUUUGCUCCAUCCAGGGAAAACCAAGCCCUUGGAAAACAUUUGGCCUGAGGCCAAAUUCACCUGGGGAACCCAAGCUGAAUGCACAAAGGACAUGUCUUGCACAAUAUGCCAUUGCAUGUUGCUGUACGAUGACCUCUUCCCCCCCCCUCCACUAUGUUUGCGGUGGUUGAGGGCAGCACCCAUGCACAAAAAAGGGUGUAGCAAAAUGUUGGUGCGAAACCAAGAGGCCAGCCAGGAGGGAGACAGAAGGAGACAGGAAGGUGCAGGAAAGAGGAGGGGUCCUGUUCCAUUGGGUGCAUUGGGGUCCCUCUCCCCAGCACCAACUCCUAGGUGGUCUCUGGAUGAGAGGAUCUGGGACUCAGGGAGAUUCCAAAGUCCAAGCUUCCACACAGCGAAUGCCUGGUCAUCAGAUGAUUGGAAAGUCACUCUGGACAUGCAACCUAUCAGAUGUAAUGUUUAUUGAGCAGAAGGUCUUCCAGAGAGAACGGGGCAAAAUAAUAGACCCAGUGCCAUUCUGGGUAUUUGGCCUACCUGGAACAGCACAGCAUUCCCCUUUCACUACAUACGCAUUCCAUGCAAUUCGGUGUAUUCCACUUGAAGUAGAAUGGAUGCUUGCUCCCAUCAAUGGGAUCAGUACACUCAGUGGGCAGCACCGGCUGACCUAGGGAGAGAAAUCCUAUACAUUUAACAUCAGCCCCCAAACAGCUCGUGAAAUCAGAAGCUGCUGCUCAGCACAAUGCAGAGACUGUGCAAGAGAAGCACAGUGGCUGCAACUUGUCCACUUGUCCAGCUCCUCCUGUGCUUCUGACAGCAGCCUGAUACGUGAAAAUGUAGUAGGUAAAGUGUUUCCUGACAUGGAGUGGAGUGGGAAGCUUUGCCACCUUUAUUCUUGCAUGUCCUGGUUGCUGACAAGAAAGGUAGUGACCCUGGACGUCUGUCUUGCUUAUACUGCGGCCAUGCAGUCUCCUGCUUGAGUCUGCAGAUGGUGGUUCCAAGCUUAAAACAGGGUGGGAGUGAAUGGGGUGCCCUGGGGAUGGGGAAUCUGGCCGUUUCAAUUUCUACCAGUUAUUAUUAUUAUUAUUACUAUUUAUAUACCAUCCUCAGGGCAGUUCACAACCUAAAAAUACAAUAUAAAGAACACAAAAUACAUAAUAAAAGUAAGAGCUUAAGCAGGGACUCAUCAAUGAGAAGAUGAGACGGGAGCAGCGUCAGGUCAUUUUAGACUCUGAGCAGCAUCACAACAUCCAAAGAAGUGUAGAUUUUGAAGGUAGCUGCACUUUGUUCUGUGUUCUGGUUCUGCAAGAGCAGAUUUGGUAGGUGUAUGCUAAAAAAUCUCUAGUCAGGAACACAUUUCCCAAACAUUAAAUAAUGAUUUGGCUAAAUGAAUAGGCUGCUUGACAACAUCAUUUGUUGUUGUUGUUUCUGCUGUUGUUGUUGCUGCUGCUGUUAUUAACUUACCAUCUUUAAUCUCUGCUUUGAACCCGCUAAACAUGCAGGAUCCCUGACACAAGGCAGGUGUCAAAGACAAGGCAGCCAGGCUCAAGAGGAUUUUCUGCAAAAGAGGCACACACAUGCACAAAUCAUUCAAGAUGGUGUUAUCAUAUUUAUAGCCUCUCUUGCUGUUAAAAAAUGCAUUGUAUGUGACUAAAUUUUAGUCAGAGCAGAGCCAAUGAAAUUAAUGUGCCUAAGUUAGUCUAAAGCACAGAGCCUAGGGCUUGCCGAUCAAAAGCUUGGCGGUUCGAAUCCCCGUGACGGGGUGAACUCCCGUUGCUCAGUCCCUGCUCCUGCCAACCUAGCAGUUCGAAAGCAUGUCAAAGUGCAAGUAGAUAAAUAGGUACCGCUCUGGUGGGAAGGUAAACGGCGUUUCCGUGCGCUGCUCUGGUUCACCUGAAGUGGCUUAGUCAUGCUGGCCCGGAAGCUGUACGCCGGCUCCCUCGGCCAACAAAGCGAGAUGAGCCCAGAGUUGGUCACAACUGGACCUAAUGGUCAGGGGUCCCUUUACCCUUUUAGUUAGUCUUGUCCAUCAAUUUCAAUGGAUCUACUCUGGGUAUGAUUCACACUGGAUUCAACCCAAGGCCUUUGAAAAAUUCCCUCUACAUUAAGCUUAUACACUUCAAAUUAUACACUUCAGUAGCUGAGUUGGGUCAUUUUAUACUUAGUGGGAUUUUUUAUAAAGUAAACUGCCCUCCCCCACAAAUCCCAUAGCAUUCAAUACCUCAGAAACAUCGAUUUUGUUUACAGUGGUACCUCGCAAGACGAAUGCCUCGCAAGACAGAAAACUCGCAAGACGAAAGGGUUUUAGGUUCUUUGAGUUGCUUCGCAAGACGAUUUUCGCUAUGGGCUUGCUUCGCAAGACGGAAACGUCUUGCAAGUUUGUUUCCUUUUUCUUAAAACCGUUAAUACAGUUGCGACUUGACUUCGAGGAGCAACUCAUAGCACGCGGUGUGGUAGCCUUUUUUGAGGUUUUUGAAGACUUUGGUGAUUUUUGAAGCUUUUCCAAAACUUUCCCAACACCGUGCUUCGAAAGACGAAAAAAAUCGCAAGACGAAAAAACUCGCGGAACGAAUUAAUUUCGUCUUGCGAGGCCCCACUGUAUAUAUCUGUUCUCAAAGUCCAUCAGUUUUGGAUUCUGAGCCACAGCAAAGAGAGGAGCGUUCAGAGAUAAAUGACUAUUUACAUUAAAGCACAGGGUGAUGCUCAGGUUGGCCAAGAAAAUGCCUUUGGCCAAUUCCCCCGGCCAAUUUCCUGACAAAUGCAGGAAAGAAAACAGUCAGAGGGAAGCUCAGGCUAUGUGGUUUGUAGCCUGGAGUUGUUGCUGUGAGAGUUCCAACUGUAGGUCAUUGUAAUGAGUCCUAAGUAAUUAACCUGAGCAGCAGGGUUGCACUGGAAUUUAUAUAAAAAAAGUUUCACUACCCCAGCUAAAGAUAACUAAAUAAUGUUGUGAGCACUGGUCUGAAUGGGGGUCUGGAUAGAGAGAAGGCAUAACCUCCAAAUGCUCUGAUUUUCCAGGGACAGUUCCAGAAUUACAAAAGCAAUCCCGGCUUUGGAUUUGAUCCCCAAAUGUGAGCUCUAAAGCUAUAAAGCAGGGGUCAGCAAACUUUUUCAGCCGUGGGCCGGUCCACCGUCCCUCAGACCUUGUGGUGGGCCAGACUAUAUUUUGGAAGAAAAUAUGAACAAAUUCCUAUGCCCCUCAAAUAACCCAGAGUUGCAUUUUAAAUAAAAGGAAACAUUCUACUCAUGUAAAUACACACUGAUUCCCAGAUCGUCCGCGGGUCGGAUUGAGAAGGUGAUUGGGCCGCAUCCAGUCUUAGGUUGCCUACCCCUGCUAAAAAGCACAGACUGUGCCUGGAAAAAGCAGAGGAAAAGUAAGGGUGGAUAAGACUUCAGAUAAGCCUGGAGUCUGAGAAAGCCUCAGCAAGUGAGGUACUUAAUCCUCAUAAUUCUGCAUGCCUUUGCACACCCCCUCUCCACACCUCAAAUCCCCCUUUCCACCAUUUAAACCUAAUCUAGAAUAAAGAAAAAAUUGUUACCAACCGUCCCCAAAGCAUUCCACUUACCAUCUUGGUUUUUCAAUGAGUUGCUGGCAAACUGUUAUUGGGGCGUGCAGGAAAGAGCUCUGGUGUCCCUCAUGUAAGUCUGUGGAGAAUCCCAUGCCCCCUUUCAUACAAAUGGGAAGGAGGAAGGGCAAAAUGAGAGGGAUGGAGGUCCUAACGGGGGAAGGAAAUGCUUGCCAGGAAGGAAACAUUUGCUUCUGAUGACAUAAAUGUUUACAAGAACAGCCUGGAGAGUUCUACGUCUUCCGGAGAUAUUCAUUGAUAAGUGCAGUUCAGAACCAGAACCGGGAACAGGAAAAUCAUGUUAAAUGUUAUUAGACCAGGAUAGUGUUGAGUUCCUUCCUUCAUGGAUCACUGCCUUGCCGUGGCGAAGGGGCUUGAAUAACUCAGAGAAGCUAUGAACUAUGCCAAGCAGGGCACCCAAGAUGAACAGGUCAUAGUGGAGAGUUUUGACCAAACGUGAUUCACCUGGAGGAGGAACUGGCAAGCCACUCCAGUAUCCCUGCCAAGAAAACUCAAUGGACAAAGACAAGAGGCAUAUAAAAGUUAUGACGCUGGAAGAUGAGCCCCUCAGGUCGGAAGGCGUCCAACAUGCUACUGGGGAAGAGCGGAGGACAAGUGCAAGUAGAUCCAGAGCUGAUGAAGCGGCUGGGCCAAUGCCGAAAGGACGCUCAGUUGUGGAUAUGCCUGGAAGCGAAAGGAAAGUCCAAUGCUAUAAAGAAAAAUAUUGCAUAGGAACUUGGAAUGUAAGAACCAUGAACCUGGGUAAGUUGGAUGUGGUCAAAAAUGAGAUGGCAAGAAUAAAUACUGACAUCCUGGGCAUCAGUGAACUAAAAUGGACAGGAAUGGGCGAAUUCAGUUCAGAUGACUAUCAUAUCUACUACUGUGGGCAAGAAACCCGUAAAAGAAAUGGAGUGGCCCUCAUAGUCAACAAAAGAGUGGCGAAAGCUGUACUGGGAUGCAAUCUCAAAAAUGAUAGAAUGAUCUUGAUACGAAUCCAAGGCAGACCUUUUAACAUCACAGUAAUCCAAGUUUAUGCACCAACUACUGGUGCUGAAGAAACUGAAAUUGACCAAUUUUAUGAAGACUUACAAGACCUUAUAGAAGUGACACCAAAGAAGGAUGUUCUUCUCAUUAUAGGGGACUGGAAUGCUAAAGUAGGGAAUCAAGAGAUAAAAGGAACAACUGGCAAGUUUGGCCUUGGUGAUCAAAAUGAAGCAGGGCAAAGGCUAAUAGAGUUCUGUCAAGAGAACAAGCUGGUCAUCACAAACACUCUUCCAAUAACACAGGAGACGACUCUACACAUGGACAUCACCAGCAUUCCAGAUUGAUUAUAUUCUCUGCAGCCAAAGAUGGAGAAGCUCUAUACAGUCAGCAAAAACAAGACCUGGAGCUGACUGUGGCUCAGAUCGUCAGCUUCUUAUAGCAAAAUUCAAGCUCAAACUGAAGAAAGUAGGAAAAACCACUGGACCGGUAAGAUACAAUCUAAACCAAAUCCCUUAUGAAUACGCAGUGGAAGUGAGAAACAGGUUUAAGGAUUUAGAUUUGCUGGACAGAGUGCCUGAAGAACUAUGGAUGGAGGCUCGCAACAUUAUACAGGAGGCAGCAACGAAAACCAUCCCAAUGAAAAAGAAAUGCAAGAAAGCAAAGUGGCUGUCCAAUGAGGCCUUACAAAUAGCGGGAGAGAGAAGGCAAGCAAAAUGUGAGGGAGAUAGUGAAAGAUACAGGAAAUUGAAUGCAGAUUUCCAAAAAAUAGCAAGGAGAGACAAGAAGGCCUUCUUAAACGAGCAAUGCAAAGAAAUAGAGGAAAACAACAGAAUGGGAAGAACCAGAGAUCUGUUCAAGAAAAUUGGAGAUAUGAAAGGAACAUUUCGUACAAAGAUUACCAUAAUAAAGGACAGAAGUGGUAAGGACCAAACAGAAGCAGAAGACAUCAAGAAGAGGUGGCAAGAAUACACAGAGGAAUUAUACCAGAAAGAUAUGGAUGGCUCGUACACCCCAGGUAGUGUGGUUGCUGACCUUGAGCCAGACAUUCUGGAGAGUGAAGUCAAACGGGCCAUAGAAAGCACUGCAAAUAACAAGGCCAGUGGAAGUGAUGAUAUUCCAGCUGAACUAUUUAAAAUUUUAAAAGAUGAUGCUGUUAAGGUGCUACACUCAAUAUGCCAGCAAAUUUGGAAAACUCAGCAGUGGCCAGAGGAUUGGAGAAGAUCAGUCUACAUCCCAAUCCCAAAGAAGGGCAGUGCCAAAGAAUGCUCCAACUACCCCACAAUUGCACUCAUUUCACACGCUAGCAAGGCUAUGCUUAAAAUUCUACAAGACAGGCUUAAGCAGUAUGUGGACCGAGAACUCUCAGAAGUGCAAGCUUGAUUUCGAAAGGGCAGAGGAACCAGAGACCAAAUUGCAAACAUGCGCUGGAUUAUGGAGAAAGCUAGAGAGUUCCAGAAAGACAUCUACUUCUGCUUCAUUGACUAUGCAAAAGCCUUUGACUGUGUCGACCACAGCAAACUAUGGCAAGUUCUUAAAGAAAUGGGAGUGCUUGAUCACCUCAUCUGUCUCCUGAGAAAUCUCUUGUGGGACAAGAAGCUACAGUUAGAACUGGAUAUGGAACAACUGAUUGGUUCAACAUAGGGAAAGGAGUACGACAAGGCUGUAUAUUGUCUCCCUGCUUAUUUAACUUAUAUGCAGAAUUCAUCAUGCGAAAGGCUGGGCUGGAUGAAUCCCUAGCCGGAAUUAAGAUUGCCGGAAGAAAUAUCAACAACCUCAGAUAUGCAGAUGACACAACCUUGAUGGCAGAAAGAUGGCAAAUAGAAGGGGAAGAAAUGGAGGCAGUGAGAGAUUUUACUUUCUUGGGCUCCAUGAUCACUGCAGAUAGUGACAGCAGCCACGAAAUUAAAAGACGCCUGCUUCUUGGGAGGAAGGCGAUGGCAAACCUAGACAGCGUCUUAAAAAGCAGAGACAUCACCUUGCCAACAAAGGUCCGUAUCGUAAAAGCUAUGGUUUUCCCAGUAGUGAUGUAUGGAAGUGAAAGCUGGACCAUAAAGAAGGCUGAUCGCCGAAGAAUUGAUGCUUUUGAAUUAUGGUGCUGGAGGAGACUCUUGAGAGUCCCAUGGACUGCAAGAAGAUCCAACCUCUGCAUUCUGAAGGAAAUCAGCCCUGAGUGCUCACUGGAAGGACAGAUCCUGAAGCUGAGACUCCAAAACUUUGGCCACCUCAUGAGAAGAGAAGACUCCCUGGAAAAGACCCUGAUGUUGGGAAAGAUGGAGGGCACAAGGAGAAGGGGACGACUGAGGACGAGAUGGUUGGAUAGUGUUCUCGAAGCUACCAGCAUCAGUUUGACUAAACUGCAGGAGGCAGUGAAAGACAGAAGUGCCUGGCGUGCUCUGGUCCAGGGGGUCACGAACAGUCGGACACGACUAAACGACUAAACAACAACAACAACAGUGUUGAGUUCUGCAAGAGAUAUGGCUCUAGAUAUUUGUCUUUACAGCCUCACCUCAAGAAGGAUACUGUCAAAAAAGGCCAGCAAAAUGAACAAGGGUGUGGAGCAAAGUGGAGAAAGUAAAGUUUUUAUCUCUCAUAAGAGUACGGAAACAUGGAAGGUGCCUAAAGAAGCCAGGGUGGCUAUCUAAAGAACUUUUAACUGAGUUAAGAUUAAAAAAGGAUGUGUACAAAAAAUGGAAAAGGGGGGAAACCACCAAAGAGGAAUUCAAACAAAUAGCCAGCACGUGUAGACACAAAGUCAGAAAAGCUAAAGCACAGAAUGAACUCAGGCUUGCUAGAGAGGUUAAAAGCAACAAAAAAGGCUUUUAUGGGUAUGUCCGUAGCAAAAGGAAGAACAAAGAAACAGUGGGGUCACUCAGAGGAGAAGAUGGUGAAAUGCAAACAGGGGACACAGAAAGGGCUGAACUCCUCAAUGCCUUCUUUGCCUCAGUCUUCUCCGAUAAAGAAAACAAUGCCCGACCUGAAGAAUUUGGAGCAAAUGAUUCAGCAAAGGAAACACAGCCCAGAAUAACUAAGGAGAUAGUACAAGAAUACUUGGCUAGUUUAGAUGUAUUCAAGUCUCCAGGGCCAGAUGAACUGCAUCCAAGAGUAUUAAAAGAACUGGCAGAUGUAAUCUCAGAACCACUGGCAGUCAUCUUUGAGAAUUCCUGGAGAACAGGCGAAGUCCCUGCAGACUGGAGGAGGGCAAAUGUUGUCCCUAUUUUCAAAAAGGGAAAAGAGAGGACCCAAAUAAUUACCGCCCAGUCAGUCUGACAUCAAUACCAGGGAAGAUUCUGGAGCAGAUCAUUAAGCAAACAGUCUGUGAGCACCUAGAAAGGAAUGCUGUGAUCACCAAUAGUCAGCAUGGAUUUCUGAAAAAUAAGUCAUGUCAGACUAACCUGAUCUCGUUUUUUUUACAGAAUUACAAGCCUGGUAGAUGAAGGGAAUGCAGUGGAUGUAGCCUACCUUGAUUUCAGCAAGGCAUUUGACAAGGUGCCUCAUGAUAUUCUUGUAAAGAAGCUGGUAAAAUGCGGUCUUGACUAUGCUACCACUCAGUGGAUUUGUAACUGGCUGACUGACCGAACCCAAAGGGUGCUCAUCAAUGGUUCCUCUUCAUCCUGGAGAAGAGUGACUAGUGGGGUGCCACAGGGUUCUGUCUUGGGCCCGGUCUUAUUCAACAUCUUUAUCAACGACUUGGAUGAUGGACUCAAGGGCAUCCUGAUCAAAUUUGCAGAUGACACCAAAUUGGGAGGGGUGGCUAACACCCAAGAGGACAGGAUCACACUUCAAAACGACCUUGACAGAUUAGAGAACUGGGCCAAAACAAACAAGAUGAAUUUUAACAGGGAGAAAUGUAAAGUAUUGCACUUGGGCAAAAAAAGGAGAGGCACAAAUACAAGAUGGGUGACACCUGGCUUGAGAGCAGUACAUGUGAAAAGGAUCUAGGAGUCUUGGUUGACCACAAACUUGACAUGAGCCAACAGUGUGACGCGGCAGCUAAAAAGCCAAUGCAAUUCUGGGCUGCAUCAAUAGGAGUAUAGCAUCUAGAUCAAGGGAAGUAAUAGUGCCACUGUAUUCUGCUCUGGUCAGACCUCACCUGGAGUACUGUGUCCAGUUCUGGGCACCACAGUUCAAGAAGGACACUGACAAACUGGAACGUGUCCAGAGGAGGGCAACCAAAAUGGUCAAAGGCCUGGAAACGAUGCCUUAUGAGGAACAGCUAAGGGAGCUGGGCAUGUUUAGCCUGGAGAAGAGGAGGUUAAGGGGUGAUAUGAUAGCCAUGUUCAAAUAUAUACGUAAAAGGAUGUCACAUAGAGGAGGGAGAAAGGUUGUUUUCUGCUGCUCCAGAGAAGCGGACACGGAGCAAUGGAUCCAAACUACAAGAAAGAAGAUUCCACCUAAACAUUAGGAAGAACUUCCUGACAGUAAGAGCUGUUCGACAGUGGAAUUUGCUGCCAAGGAGUGUGGUGGAGUCUCCUUCUUUGGAGGUCUUUAAGCAGAGGCUUGACAACCAUAUGUCAGGAGUGCUCUGAUGGUGUUUCCUGCUUGGCAGGGGGUUGGACUCGAUGGCCCUUGUGGUCUAUUCCAACUCUAUGAUUCUAUGAUUCUAUGAUUCUAUUCUAUGAAGAGUAGAACUUGUGGACAUCUCCUGCGUUACCAGGAGAGAGUUGGCCAGGUAAGGGGAGGGACUGACCAGCCCACACAACAGUGGGCAGAACUUGCCUGGGAGUUCUCAGUCGGCUCCAGAGCUUCUCCCACCCUGCCCUCCCUCAGUUAAGCCUUCUUUUGCAGGUUAACCUCUUCUCCACAGGUACGCAGGUGCUGCUACAUUAUGGUCGCUGUUGAAGGGCUGGAAAGGAAUUUUUCUGCAUUGGCAGAUUUUGCCUUCCCCGUAGCAAAACGUCACAACUUUGGCGGUUUCAGGCCUUGGGCGGAAUCCUUUAGUCUGUCUUCCCUAAAUGGGGGGGGGGAGCGGUGACCCCUCCCCCACGGCGCCGAUCCCAGGGUUCCCCAUUAAAGGGGUUGUUUUGAGGGGAGGCAUUGGCCAUACGCUGCUAGGUUGUCAUUGCUCCAUCCCUGACCACUGGUCCUGUUAGCUAAGGAUGGUGGGCGUUGUAGUCCCAAGACAUCUGGAGGGCCAAGUUUGGCCAUGCCUGGCUUAAAGGGAAUGUCCAUACCCAGGGCCGUCUUUACCCGGGGGUGCAAGGGUGCAGAGCACCGGACGCCGAAUUCUGGGGGGCACCAGGCGCCCACCGAUGAAGCCACCUAAGCAUAUUGUAUUGAGCUGCACUGCGGCAGCGGGGUCAGCAGCACCUUCGACACGACUGAUCUUGUGCCGCAUGCCUGCCGCUCACCAAAGCUGGGAGGAGGGGAAGUGACAGGAAAGAGGGAGAGACAGAAAGAGAACGCACCUAUCUAGUGACGGGAGUGUGCGCAGGCUCCGGAACCUUCCCAAGAAGAACUCAUAUAUGUGUGCUCACAAGGGCCCUCCCAGCUCUUCUAGAAAGAAGGUUGCUCCCACAAUGAAAGGCUGCCCGAGACGGCUCUCCCACGCAUGCGCACAAUGCCCGCCCGUCUCAUCUUCCAGACACCUCCCUACGACUGUAAGCGCAUGCCUGGAGUCUUUACACUUUACAAGUGUUCUUUGUCUUCUUUAGAAAAGCUGGUUUUAAACAAAAAACACAAAAAAGCCCUCCUUUUGGAGCUGUGCAGGUGUGAGCACUAUUUAUCAAAUGAUAAAAGUGACACAGGCAUAAUAAAAGUUAAUUUGGGGGCUAAAGUAAAUUUGGGGGCGCUGGGCGGAUCUUUGCACCCCAGUGGCGCAUAUGCUAAAGACGGCCUUAAAUAGACUGUAGUCUAUUUAAGAAGUUAUUUCCCAUACGAGAAGACCAUAGUGGGGAUUGAAGUGUAAGAAAAUAGCAGAACAUAUUAAGAAACAUGCUAAAGAGGAUGAAAUUGGAUAAUUGGGUGAUAAGCAUCAAUGUUGGGUGAGCGGGAAGUCACUACUUUUGUUGAAUUGGAAAAUAACAAAAUGGAAAAUAACAAAAUGUAGGAAAACAAAUUUAUAUAGUGAGAUAGUUGCCUUUGACUGGACUUAAUUGUCCAGGGGUCCUUUACGUGUGUGUGUGUGUGUGUGUGUGUGUGUGUGUGUGUGUGUAUUCAAAGCAUCAAAUCAUCCUUUGCUCAUAGGAUGACUUUCUGAAAGAGGCAAAAGAGAAGGAAAAUCAGCAGAUGACUAUAACAAUUCUGGGUCUAUCAAGAUCUUGAGAUCAUUUGCUUGCUCAUUUAGCUGUGUUUUUAAAUUAAGCCAUAAGAUUAAGCUGAUUGCCAUUUUAAUGAACUGUGUCAGAAACAAAACCGGCUUCUUUAUCUGCUUUUGUAAUCAGGGAAACUGAUGGGAGUUGCAGUCCAGUGACAUCUGGAGGAGGAACUUCAGCUCCACUGAGAUGCACAAAAAGGCAUCUCACUCAAUGGCAGGGGCAGACUUUAGGAAUAUGGCGCUCUGAGCGAGGACAAAAUUUGGCUCCCCAAAGAUUCAUUUGGCACCCUUCUGCCUCCCGCCUUCCAUUCAGCGCAUGCUCUCAAGUGCAUUAUGUCAUAGUUGUGGUGACUCAAUAACCCAGGGUUUAACUUUGAGUAGGUACCCGUAGAAGUGUAGGUUUUAUUAUUAAUACCUGGAUGGGGGAACCGCCUACACCACCCUCAUUCUGGCACUGUCAAUGAGCUACCCAAGAAACAAGAGUUGAGCUAUACUGUGGUUGUGUCUUUUUUCCAGCGUCAAAGACAGUUUGGGAUCAUUGGCUAGAGCAGAGGUUUUCAGCCUUUUUGAGUCCACAGCUCCCUUGACCAACUACAUUCUUUCUGUAGACUCCUGUGGGGCUCAGGAGCCCAGUUGUGUCACCUCUUGCCUGCAGAGCCGGCAGCCCCUCACCCCUCCCUUGUGGAGGGUUCCCUCAGCCUCCUCUCUUCUCCCCUCUCCUUGGGAGUCCUCUGGGCAGUCACUGCUGCCACUCCAGGUCUCUGAACUGCCCCCCCCUGCCCCAGAGAGAGGUGCCUUUUAAAAGGUGAGUCUCUAACCCUCCUAGGAAGAAAGUUAUGAAGCACAAUGUGCAUUUUCUAAGCAGCUUCUGUUAAAUGAGCCAGCCUGGCCACUCCUGUCUGUCAGAGGUUUCAGCCAAGUCAGAAUUGUGAUUGGUGAGUUGUUUGGACACCAAGCAAUAGGAGUCCCAACAUCCUAGCAGGGCCCAAUUUCUAAUGGUGCAGUUAGAGUAAUUGCACCUGAACCUAUGCUAGCCUGGGCUGUAUGAUGAGCUUUCUUUUUAACAAAAGGAAGUCUCUAGCCCUUCUAGAAACAAAAUAUUUUGACAGAUAAUGUGCAGGCAACCAUCUAAGCUGAGGGCUGAUAACCCAACGCAAAGAGAGGGGGGAGUCUAAUGCUUCUUCUGGUUCUGCAGCCCAGAACACCCACUUCCAGCUACAACUGGCUCUGCUGUUCCUUCCUCCACUCCUUUCUGGAGGGAAGCCCUUGCCUUGGCAGAUGUGGUGGGACUAAACCAGAGAGGGACUUUGGGGGUGCUGUUAGGGGUACGGGAAGUGCUGUUCACCACCUCUGCUUUGGCUGCCCAUGAAAGGGCAUUUGAAAAGCCAUGAGGGCUCAAAAGUGUCACAUCCGCCAGCCUUCCCUUUACUUUGCCACCCAUGGAAGGGCUUAUGGAAAAUGUGGAGGGAAACAUUUUAUUGUCUGCGGGGGGGGGGUCCUUUUGAAAAGGAGGGAGCAGACAUGUCAGGGUCUGAUUCCCUCCUCCUUGCUUUGCCAGGCAGCUGCUCCGGGCACGGAGGAGUGUUUUUUGUUUUUUUGUUUCAAAGUGUGUGUAUAGGGUGAGGCAGGGCACAUUGAUGCAAGGGGCACAUUGAUACGCCAACAGUAUUUCAAUUUUGAGAAACAUUAUUCGUGUCGUGACAUCACUAAAAUGUUUGUAUACAUGUGUGAGUACAACAGCUGAGACCGCGCCGCCCACCAGUUAGCUGUUAUCAUUUGAUGAGAGUAGGUGUGUUUUUAGCGCGGCCAACUAAAAAAUUACAUGAAAUGUAAAAGCGUUCCAAUGCUGUUUUACAUCGUAUGUAAUAAUAUAAUAUGACCGAAUUUCAAGUGUCAUGUCUCAGGGAAAAAAGAGGAUCUUGUAUGUUUGUCUUCCCCAUUCUAGAUGAUAAGGCAAGUAUUGAUUUCAAGGAUGUUGUUUUGCAGUUGCCAAAACCAAAUUUCUCAAAGGGCACAUCUCGAUCAUCUCUUUAUACUUUUUCUAUUGACUUCAGUGGAUAUAAUGUGCAAUAGAAGCUAAACAUUAAGUAAUUAUCUUAUUUCUUAUAAGUAUUUUGUUUAAAUUGCUAUUUUUUAACCAUCUAAUGUGAGUUCUUAUACUUUUACAAGUUUUUUCAAAGUUUUUUUUAAUGGAUAGGUGUUUGAUGAAAGAUUAAUAUAAGUUUUGAUGUUUUGUUAAGAAAACCUGCCAUAAAGUCUAUGAAAUGUGUGAAACACUGUUAGUUUUGAUAUGUUAUUUAGAUUUUAAGUAAUAAAUUGUAUGGCUGAUUAUGAUCUCUCACAAUAAAAAAAUUUUUUUUCAUUAAUUUUUUGCAAAUAGUUACCAUUCCCAUAAAAUUUACACUUUGUAUCAAAGUGCCCCAUCCAAUGUAACAAAGUGCCCUGUAGGUGGAGCAGAAUGAUACAAAAUUCAUAUUUUUUUUACUAAAGUCAUUAUAUUCUUGUUCUUCUAACUAUAAUAGUUCUUUUAUAAUAGUUCUAUUAUAAUAUUGAUUAGUUAUGCCAUGCAUAAAGCAAAAAAAUUAUUUGACUCAUUUUUGUUACAUAAAAUAUGAUAUUGAAUUUUUCUGCAUCAAUCUGCCCCACCUCACCCUAUGUAGUGCUGGAGGAAGAAGGGCAGAAUCCACCCACUUGCCAGUUUUGCUUUGCUGCCUGCCAGCCACAUGGAGCAGUAGGCAGGCAGCUACUCUUUUAUUUAAAAAGUGUGUGUUGGGAUGCGGAGCAGUGCAGGAAUUGCCUGUUCCUUGUGUUGCUCCUUGAGGGAAUUUUUGAAAAUGCCAGGGUGGGUUGGAGGCAGAAAUAGGGGGGUCAACCCAUGGCUGCCGUGUUUCUUUUCUUGCCUGCAGACAUAUGAAGCAGGCAGCUACUUGAGAGGCGCCUCAGUGCAAUAUGAGAGAGAGGGGAGGAGAUGGGAAUGCUUUUUUGUUUCUGCUGCCUGCUGCACAGCAGAGGUUGUUGCAAAGCGGUUGCAGGAGGCCACCUAGUUCAGAGGCCUCAUCAGCCCCAUGCAGUGCGGGAUUUAUGUAUAGGCUAAGUAGACUGAAGCCUAGGGCCUCUAAAUCUAGGGCGCCUCGCCAGCGUGCCCGCUCCCCAGCAUGCAACCUCCCCUCUCCCAAAAUGCAAACCCAAGACUUCAUGUGAGGGCAGGGCAACUUGGGCCUCAUAAUCUAGAGGGCCUCGCCAGCCUGCCAUCUCCCUAGUGCCGCAGUCUCCCCUCUCCCAAAAUUGCAAACCCAAGACGUCAUGCGAGAGCAGGGCAACUCCGGCCCAGCAACUAUGAGACUCAGGGCUAGCCAGUGGGGCCCAGUUAGAAGCAGUGGGGUGGGCACAACUUGAGGUUUUUUUGUUUUGGUAGGGCCACAGGUCACAGCCAAAGUCUGCAAAAUCUUAUACAUAUAAAUAAAAUCCAUCUAGAUUGCCCUGGUGCAGGAGCACCCUUAGGAGCAGCCCAUGGGGCCCAAUUUAGCCAAAUUGCUCCAGUUGCCUUAAGGUCAGCCCCGAUGAGACUGUGCAUGGGUUGGAUUGACAAGCCCUGCACCUUCUAGGUCCCUGGUGUCAUUAUUCAGAGUACAGACUCAAGGACUUGUUAUGGAAAUAAAGGGGGGGCACUUACUUGAAAUCAGUUUUGUCACCGCCCCCAAAAAAAAACCUGGGAUGAUGAGCCUGUUAGAAUUCCUGAUCUAUGAUUGCAGUCAUACGACUGUUGUCUCCCACAUGACGGUAUAUGUUCUGACUCCACAGAGUGGGAACUGAUGGAGACAGGAUGUUUGUGUUACUGUGUUCCGUGAAGUGGGACUAUUGUCCUUUGUUCUUUUUCUCUUUGCUGUCUGAUGCUAGAGAGAGAGGGAGCCAUGUUGUAGUGCUCUCUGUGUGUUUAUAUGUAAAUAAAGUAGAUUAGCCAACAUGCUGAGUUGCUGAGGUCUGUCACGCAAUGCUGUGCAAACUCUGCGGAUCCCUAAGUGUGCCGUGUCGGUUGGCAUCGGUCGCUGUGAUGUUCGGGCUGAAGAAAGCUUAUGAAGCUCCUGAACGAUCGACCAGGAGGGAGAAAACAUGCCAGUCGGGCAUGUGUCUCUGCCAGGGUCCUACUCGAGUGUAGGCUGAACUCCUGACAGAGCUCAGCCACCUUUUAUUCACAGUCACAUAAGCACUACACUACAGCAUGGCCAUAAGUGUGUAUGUUCAACCGCUGAAAUACACACCCAAUAUGUAGCAAUGGAGAUUUAUGUUACUGCUUUAUGAAUGAACACUGUGUUUUAUUAAUGGACUCUGUAUUUUUGGAAUUACCUAAGAGCCACCAAUAGGGAGCUCUAGAAUCUGACAGCUACCAAUCAGGUACUACCAAACAGCGACCCCUAUUGCUGAAAGCAGGUAACCAGCAGGAAACACUUCAGCUCAGCAUUUGCACUGUUGACUGAACACCCCCUGCUGUGCAGAUAAUGGAGAAAGCUCGCAAAUUGUAUCCCUUCUGCCAUCCUGGCCAACUCUAUUACACUGGUGUAAACCCUGGUGCACCAGAAGCCCAGAAUAGCAGCAAAUAAAAUCCACUCAUACGUCAGCGACUGAUAAGACUUGUCAACCAGUUCCUCCAAAGUCUUCCUAAAUUAUAAAGCUCCAAAAUACAGGCCAAAAGAGAGCAGGUCUGGGAAGAGCAAGCCAUACAAUGGGCACCACCAGUGAAAAGGCCCGGCUCCGUGUAGCUCCUGCCCUGCCAUUUGAUAGGGUGCCCACUUGCCCUACUUCUUGACAUGGAAUGCUCUCUAUUGGAGUCUCCAGGUCCAGUAUAAAGACCAUAAGAAGGGAGAGCAGGAACCUUGAAGUUCCCAACGGCUGUUAAUCAAGCAAGCAAGCACACAGGUCACCUUUGUCACAGUCAGGAUGCCUAUGUCCUGGCCAGGCCUGCUCACAAUCUUGUUUUUGUACAACCUUGUUUGUUCUCAGCAACCUAAAUUAUAUUAUCAACAUAUACAAGCAGAAAAGUUGUUUUCCUUCAUUUGCAAGGAAACGUACAAAACAAAGUGGCACUAAUAAAGAAAAGUUCCAGGGUGGCAACAGAAAGCAAACUAAAAAUGCUUUUGCAGUUCAUCCGAACUGUCCAGCAAUAACAAGUUAUAGGAAAACUGGUGCUAUUAACAGUAACCCUUCUAGUUGGUUAAUUGAUUUGGCAACUUCCAUGCACAUGACGUCUGAUGCUAAUCCCCCCCGCCGAGAGUUAAAUGAUAACUCAUCAGAGGCAGUUACAGUUACAAAUGGAAACAAAAUAUCUGUGAAAGGAAGAGGAGCGUGUUUGCUCAAGUGUGUUGCAGGUAGAAAUACAGUUUGUAAUGAAGUGAGAGCAGUAGUUUACUUGCUCGAAUUCACAAUAAGAAAGUUUUAAGAUUUUACAUGCUAGAUUAAAAUUGAUUAAUUCAUUGAGAAGGGGAUUGUAAGAAAAACACUGGGGCCUAAUUUGAAUAGUAGAGUGCCUGGUAUCUUGUGGGCAAUCUCCUCCUUUAUUUCCACACUGUGACUGCAGACCAAAUCACCUGUCAGGAGAGCUAUGAGAUUCAGAUGAGGGCCAGAUGCCUUAUCAAUCUCAGCAGGUAUAUAACAGGAAGACCAUACUUUGAAAGUGACAAACUUAGACAAACAAAUUUUGAUGAAGUUUUGGAUGAUUUUGCUAUGAGGAAGUUAGGAAAAAAACAUUUUAGCCUUACUGUAUUUGAUGGUUGUAGUUUACUUCUUAAUAUCUAUUUUAAAAAUGACUUUCUAAUGACAACAUAAAGUGGAUUCUAAAAGUGCCACACUGUCAGGUAAUCAUAUAAUAUUAUUUACGCUUCCACGGCAAUAUAAUUUGUAAACUCAAGGUGUUUUUUUGAGGAAUAACAUUGCAACUUCAUUUUCCUAAAAAAAUAAUGCCUAUUCCACAAAAGGUUUACAAAGUUCACUUAUUGCAAAAGUUUUUCAGGGUUAAUAUUAUGCAUUUCUAAAAUCACCAUGGUAUUUAACAAUAACAUCUUAUGUCCUUUAGAAGGAGAAAUUGUGAAUUGCAGAAUUUUAAGUACCCGGCAUCAUCCAUGGCUUCACUCAGUUUUGUUUACAACACUCUUCCAUUUUAUUCUCGUCAUGAGGGGGGAGGUAGGGGAGGGGCCUCACAAGUGGAAUAGCACAGGGCCUCUCUAAAUCCGGCCCUGGCCCAUGAUCUAAUUUUACCUAAUUUUUCUCAAGCUAUUGUUCUUGGGGGCAGUGCAGAUGCAUUAUUAUAAUCAUUAUCAGAAUUUAAAUCAUCUUGAUCUUUUCCCUAAAUCUUCCAAGUGGGGAGGGGGGUUCCCAGUGUGGAGGCAUCAGCAUUGUUAUAAACUUUCUCCAGAUGAUUCACAAGUUGUCUUGGGAGGCAGUACAAAAGUAUCAUCAAGAUCAGCAGCAGCAGCUUUGUCAUCAUAUUUCCCCCCAAUUUUUUUUGGGGGGGGGCAUGUAUUUCAGAAACGUAGCACCACCUUUUCCUCCAGCAGGAAUUGUUCCCAAGUUGUUUGGGGAGGGGAAUCACAGUGCAAACCCAGAAAUAUUAUUGUUGUCGACUCACCCCCCCAUGUCGACAUAAUCAUAUUUGUUUAUGUGAAGGAAGAGGGCCACAAAUAACUAUAAAUCCACACCUGCACUUACCUAGGAGUUAAAAAGUAAAGGUAAAGGUACCCCUGACCGUUAUGUCCAGUUGUGGACGACUCUGGGGUUGCGGCGCUCAUCUCGCUCUAUAGGCCAAGGGAGCCGGCGUUUGUCCACAGACAGCUUCCGGGUCAUGUGGCCAGCAUGACUAAGCCGUUUCUGGCGAAACCAGAGCAGCGCACAGAAACGCCAUUUACCUUCCCGCCGGAGUGGUACCUAUUUAUCUACUUGCACUUGACGUGCUUUCAAACUGCUAGAUGGGCAGAAGCAGGGACUGACCAAUGGGAGCUCACCCCGUCGCGGGGAUUCAAACCACCGACCUUCUGAUCGGCAAGCCCUAGGCUCUGUUUUUUAGACCACAGCGCCACCCAUUAGAAUCUAAAAAGCUGCUGAUAGCUGAGAUAGGCAUGUCCAUCACUAUCAUUAUGAUAUGUACCAAAUUCUGCAAGUAGUGAUAUCAAGCAAAGACAACAGAUACACACCGAAAUGCAUAUAUGACUGAUUUAUUCAGAUUCUCUUACAUGGAAGGAAUUUGGGUGGGAUUUGUAAAGCUCAGAAACAGGGUUUGGAGGGAUCAUCCAGUUUAUAGAACUCAUAUUCACAUGUGUUUGGAUUUACCACUGCUUUACAUCCCGGAACAUCAACAAUACCACCGUACCUAAAAAGAAGAAGAACAAUGUGUAAACUAAGGUUUCCCUGAGCUUAUGGAAAUCUUGUAGAGGAGCGCUCCUUUCUCCUGCUCGCUUAGGACAUGCCAAGAAUGAUUGGAACUACCUGGCAGAAAAGCAGUUUUGCAAGAUGUUUGCUCCAUCCAGGGAAAACCAAGCCCUUGGAAAACAUUUGCCCUGAGGCCAAAUUCUCCUGGGGAAUCCAAGCUGAAUGUCUUGCACAAUAUGCCAUUGCAUGUUGCUGUACGAUGAUUCUUCCCCCCCCCCCAUAUGUUUGCGGUGGUUGAGGGCAGCAUCCAUGCACAAAAAAGGGUGUAGCAAAAUGUUGAUGCGAAACCAAGAGGCCAGCUAGGAGGGAGACAGAAGGAGACAGGAAGGUGCAGGAAAGAGGAGGGGUCCUCUUCCAUUGGGUGCAUCGGGGUCCCUCUCCCCAGCACCAACUCCUAGGUGGUCUCCGGAUGAGAGGAUCUGGGACUCAGGGAGAUUCCAAAGUCCAAGCUUCCAUGCAGCAAAUGCCUGGUCAUCGGAUGAUUGGAAAGGCACUCUGGACAUGCUCAAUGCUUGUUACCAGAUCAAAUUUCAUGACUCUGCUUUCUAUAAAGUCUAUAAAUAUCUUAAUUAAUUAAUCAAUCAAUUCACUGUUUGGUUCAAGGAAAUGUAGGCAACAAU